GGAAGCUGGGGAGGCUUUGGCGGCUUGGGAGACCCUUUAACUUGAAAUUUUAACUGGUAAGCAAAGAAAGGGAGAAAAAGCACCAUUAUUUAUAUUUUUUACUCCCUGCAUGGCUUUGCAUCUGCUUGGACUUCAAUUUUUUUCCAUCCUCUGCUGCCAUAUGGACCCAGAAGGACAACAGCUUCAGGAAUAAGGAGUGAGAAGACUGGGCUGCACCUUGACGGAGUUAUAAAAACUGUCCAGAAGUGCAAGAAUCAAGCAAUGUCAGACCCGGCCUGCCUUUGGAUGUAUCUGAAAUAACAGCUGCAGUCUGGCCUCUUUGUCUUCUUUCCAGAAUCUCAGCACCUUUUUGGCCUUUUGGGUCCUUCCAUCCUUACUGCCUCACCUGUUUCUCUUGUUUUAGACAGAAAACGUGUGUUUUAAUUCAAAGAGAGAGCAAUCAAGUGCUAAAAAAAGGGAGUUAGUAUGCCAUCCUAUAUUUAACCUGCAGCCUCAGAAGGCAUUGCAUCUCCGUUUGCUAAACACAGUCCACCAAUCAGGCUGUGGCAUUAGCUUACAUGUCAAAUAGCUGAAGCACUGUUGGGCAGCUGUCGCCAACCUUCAGCUAGGAGGCAUAGCUCUUUGAACUGUGUUGUGGCAAGUGAGGGAGGAGGGGCAGCAGCAGAGGCCUGUCAGAGAGCAGUUUAGUGUCUCAACACCCCUAAUGUGUAAUUUUCUUUGUGUCAUUAUUGAUUUACACUUGUUGAGCAGCUUGUGAGGCGUGUCACACAUUGUUAUCACUUUGUUUAGAUUUGAAGAUAGACAGAAAGUUGGAUGUCAGUCUGAGACCCUAGUGGAUGGCAAAGUGAAGCUCCCUUACUGUCAGGAAAUACUGCGUCAAUCUUUCACUGGUAUGGCAUGCAAAUUUAUUUAAAUCGAUAUGACAGUGCUCUGUUACUCAGCCGUGUGUUGAUUAAUGUUCCUUUUCUUGUAUGGGGUGAUUUUGUUCAAUGAGGAAUGGCUGACUGUAUCCUCAAAUGUCACUUAUGCAGUUUAUUCUUGCAGUUUCUGAUUUGAACCUUAGUUAGAGCGGUUUAAAAUCAUGAUUCAGAUUUUGGUACGACCAUUGGAGCAUUUCAAUAAACUAUGCCAUUAUGAUAUAAGCUCCCAUGUUAUCAGUGUUUCAUACAUGCUCUAAAAAUGACAUCUGUGUUUUGUGUAGAGCCUCUAAAACCGUCCCAAAAUGGCGGAAAGUGGUGAGGAAUUUGAGGAAUAUGAGGAGGAGGAGGAAGAGGUGGUGGACGAGGUAAGUGGAGCGUUCUCAUAUUUUUUUUUUGACAGUUUUUCCUCUUUUUUUUUACAAUCAAAUUAAGCUAAUCUAUGUAAUUUAAGUCUCAAUAUUUGUAAAAAAAAAUGAUGUGAUUUAUCAAAUUUGGUAUAUUAAGGUUACAUAUCCAAACUGCAGCCUACUAGCAGGGCCCUAUGAAUAGUUGAGUUAAUGACCCCCUCCAGUCAGCAGUUCAGGGAACCAGGCGCCCAUGCCAUGCUGGUGGAUCCUGUUUCAGAGGGACCCCUUCUGAUGGGUUUUAAGUCCUGGAUUUCCCUCUACAGCUGAGUAAAAAUCAAGAAUAUUUCAAAAUGAAGAGGAUUAUGAAUGUUAGUAUUUUAAUGGGGCAUUUACUGUAGUCCCACAGAAGCACAGAUCCUUUAACCAGAGGCCUUGCUUAGUAUCUAAAAGUAUCACGGCUUUAUAAAGUAGUGACAUACUUGUUAAACAACUUUAAAAUUGUAAAAUAAAGCAGUUAUUCCUGCAGAAAACAGCCACAUUCAUUCAAUUCGAAGUUUUGAAAGAGGUGAUAAGUUUUUAUCCAAUCUUACAUAAGGAUGAACACAUUAUACAAAGCUGUAGUGUUACCCAACUUAUGGAAGCAUCCUUCCUGUGCAGCAUACCUAGUCAAAGAUUCAGUUACAUACAGUUUAGGGGUGUGCCUGCUUCAAGAAGUAGCUGUAUGUCAUUUUUAGAUAACCUCUCCCUCACGUUUCACUUCAUUCAUAUAAUAUGGUGUUAGUUUCUUUUUCAGGAUGUUUUUGUGUAUAUAUAUUUUCUAUGAAAUCUUGUGCUGCUCAAGGUCUCCGUGCCAGUGUCCAAUGGAAGAGUGAAAGCAGAAGGCUAACAGCUUAAUCCCAUAUUUCCUGGUGAAAUAGGAUUAAAGUUUGCCUUGUAUUUGCCCUUAAUUAAUAUCGCUGAUAUCUUAUAGGGGAGCAUGAAUGGUCAUUGUUGCUGUCACCUCUUUACUUUAUCGUAUACCAACAUUUGGUUGUCAUUCAUCUCCUGUAUAACAUAUCAACUGUUUCAAAUAGAUUUACCAUCUUUACUGCAAAGAUGUAAAUCAUUUGGGAGGCAGAAAAUACUCACAAACCAUAUACACUCUGAUUUCACUAGUACUUUCAUCUGCACUGUGGAGAAAAGCUGAAUUUACUUUGACUGAAUAGUAAGACGGCUUCUUAUUUAUUCUACAGAAUGGGGAGAAACAUAGUGCUCUUCAGGUCGAAUAAUACUAAUAUAACUACACAAUCUAAGUUUUAGACAGAGUUUGAUUACAACUGUAAGUAUUUGGAGUUUUGAUUUGAGAGUCAUAAAUAAUUACAAGCAGGAAUAUUUCCUUUCGAUCAACUCAAAAAGUGACAGAACUCCUCAGGUCAUCGAGGGGAGGGGUGUAGAGUUCUCUGUCUGGCAUUCAGACAAAUUUAGAAGUGGACAUCUACGGCACAUUGGCAGAGAGAUGGGGUGAAGGGAGAAGUUAAGGUAGAGAAAGUGAGCGAGGGCGAGGGAGUGGGGGGGGUGGGCAAAUGAGACGAGCUACUGUGCAGUAAAUCAGACUGAUAGCCUGGAGAGUUUUGACGCCACAGUGGGAGAUAUUUGCUUAGGAGAGGAGGAUGCAUGGAAAAACUGUAUGAAGGGUGAUACAGCAGUUGUUUAUACAUUGCUUUGGAGGGAUGAGAGAUAUAUUUGUCGAGUUGAUCAGUCUACACUUAUGGUUCUCUCCUGUCUGAUAGAUUUGAAUAUCGAAGCCUCUUACAAAUGUUGAUAAAAUGAUUGAGAUGUUCUUUCUCUCAGCUCUGGUUGGUACUAGAUUUUAGGUAGAUUUAAAGGAACACUCAGUAGUUUCCUGUUCAACCAAGUGGACAUAAAUGUUCCACCGAGACAGUUUCUCAGCAGAGGGAAAUAAAAAUCCAGACGCGAUGUGAGCAAGACAGGCUAUUCACGGCACAGUGGGCUGAAGUCAGAGGUGCUUAAUUUUAAAAUAAAACUGUCCCUCUAAAUGGAUAAAGCUCUCUCUCUUAUUUCAGGUGGUAUUUAAUGAUGCUGAAACUUCUCAUGAUCCAGCCAAUCUGUCUGUUUUCCCUUGAAUACAACAGAGAAAGGAUUUCAGGGGAAGAAAAUAGUGCUAACAGUAUUACAUCUAUCCCUAAAAAUGGCAUAAUUGUUAUUUCACAGAAUCUCCAGGAGUAAAAAAGUUAACUUUUUAAAAUAUGCACAACUUUUUCCCUUAAAAAUCGAGAUGCUGUUAAAAAUUUGACCCUUCUUCCUCUGAUUAAAACACAGUUGAAUAAACUGGAAUCUAAGUGACAGAGAGGGGUGGACGAUAUAGCAAAAAAAAAAAAUUAAAAUCUUUUUAAACUAAUUACCCUGUUUAAAAUCUAGAGUACUAAAAUAACAGAGAAUUACAGACCACUUGGGCCAAAGUACCUCUUUUUUUUUUUAUAAAUGAUUAUAAAACUAACAAUGGUUUAUAAUGGUAAAUAACAACAACACUCAGGAUAAAGCACUCCUGCUAAAAUGCAGCUGGCUAAUCAGCAUUUCAGUCAAUUCACUACACUUUGUUUCUGAGACAGCACUCAGUCCUUCCAGAACUGUUUAUUUUAAUCAUAGGUAUAUGCUACUUUCUGGAUGGAUUUCACUAUUUAGAAAGAUUUAAACAUCACCAACAUCAUUAUCUUAUGGUAACACCAGAAAAGGAUAAAAGCAGUGAAACUAACUGAAAAGAGAUUUAAAAAAAACAACUUAUCAAGCUAGAACUUAAACUUUGGCAUGAACAUGUAAUAUAGUACCCAAACAGGCAAAUCUGUUGAGACAAGAGUAAGCACGUAAACACCAAUCCCUCCAAAUUUACGAUGAUAUACAUGUAAGAGACGGGAAGUUCAUUCUAUUGUUUAAACCAAGUAAGAAUUCAUCUGUCUUUACCCUCCUGAGUGGGUUACCAUCACUGAGUGAGACGGGCUUCAACAAACAUUCAGGAAAACUAAAAUGUAGUGUUAUCAUCCUGAGCAUUCUUAUCGUUAUAAUGCAGUAAAUCCUUUUAGUGUGGUUAAGCUUGUGGUCUGCAUCAGAGCAGUUUGUAUCUGUGUAAAGAAUCCGUCUGUUUCUGAGCAUAGAUUUGCAACAGAUAGAAUGUGCUAAUACUUUGACAUCUGCUGAUCCUGGAUCCCUACUGAUUGAGAAUUUCCCAGUUUGGGAUCAAUAAAGUAUACCUAUCCUAUCCUAUAUACUACCAUCCAUUGCACACCCUUAUGACCAAGUUCUCACAAAUAAAACCAAAAUUUUGCACUAUGCUAGAUGGAGUUAACUAGUCCUAAAAGGAGAUGAGGGUUGUGUGAACAGACGUGCGGAUUAUAAAGCUGUCUAAACAGUUUGUGUGCUGCGGUGCGCUGUAGCAACUGAUAACUGGGACAAUAGUCUAUGUAAUGACAAAAUAAGAAUAGGAUUAUAGUCAUGUGAGUGUCUGGUUUUUAUAGACGUGGACUCAGAGUUUAAAGUGGUCUGGUUCACAUAACUCAGAUCAUAUUUAUGUCUGUGUUUCCCCUGUAGAAUACAGGCUCCAUUAGACCGCAGUCACAAUCACAUUCACUGCUGAGGGCGAGGUCUUUAAGUGAAAGAGGAAUCAGUUUAAUACAGAUUGGGACAGAUAUCUGAUAAAACUUUGCUUUUAUACAGUUGAGUGGUUAUUUUAGAGCAGAACAGCUGUUCACAUGGUGUAAAGUGGAUUAUAUUCGUGGAAGUGACAGAGAUAGAUUGGUGCCAGAGCUGAAGAAAAAUCACCCUCAAUCCUGUGAAAAGUACUGUGCUGUUUCUCCCGUCACCUCUGCUGGCAGUUUUGAAACUGCAGAGUAUGUCUUGUAUUUGUAGUAUUAUGAGGAGGUGGUAACAACAACAACAUCAUCAACUGUCACUGGGGAAAAGACUGAGUUACUGCAGGUAAAGCACCCCCCUCCCAAGGAACAACAGUGCAGACAGAGGAGGAAAUCCUUCCCUUUUGUCUUGACUGCAUCCCCUUUCUUGUCUGCAUGGCUGAAUGGAUGUCCGGCUGUCUGGUUAUUUCAUUAAAGGCAUUUAUGUCUGUCUUUCCUCUGGGUCAGAUUUGUAUGAGUAAGCCUCUCAAGUUAGUAACUGCUUAAAGUCUGCACGAGCACUCAAGUCCUUUGCAGCCACAAUAAGUCAUUGUCAAAUUUGUCUUUUUUAGUGCACUUUAAAACAAACUCAAAUCUUUCUAUGUGUGAUUGUCUCAUUUCUUGUCUUAAGUCUCUUGUUAGCUUACUGAAGUUUCUUGAAAUACAAUAUUACCUUGUAUUUAUAGACACUUACGUAAGCUUUACUUGCCGCACUUGCAGCUAUUUUUACCCAUUAAAAGCAAUUCAGACUGUAUUUCUAGCAUACAGUAUCUUAAAAUAAGGUGUUAUAUCUGGACUUACCAGGUCUAUAUGACUUAUUUUAAGUGUCAUGAGAUAUCGUGAUUAGAAAUAAGACACAUUCACUAAGAUUUGAGUUUUGCAGUGCAGUUUUGUCCUUUGUGCAGUUAGAUUCCUGUUGCUUCAUAUCCCAACAGAUGCAAUACUAUAACUUGGAUAUCUGUGUAUGUAUAGUGCAUGUGAAGACAGAUGCUUUUAGAUACUAAAGGACAUACUCUAUGUUCAACACUCUUCCUUAUUCUUUUUUGGGAGUAGUUUGUCCUUAAGUCACCCUUCAUCCACUAUAAUCUCCAUGUCAUUAUCCUAACAACUCCAUCCAUGUAGGAUUUGUGUUUUUGUUUCAUCCAUUUGUCUUUAAUUCUUGGCAUGUACUGUUUUAAUCACUAAAGGUGAGUCUUUAAAGUAAACGAUUUACAAUCAAUAUCAAUUUGGCUGGAAGUUUCCUUUUCAUCUCGACAAAAUCAAAUCAAUAUCUAAUCUGCAAAUUUGUUUCACAUUUGCAGAUCACCUUUAGAUAAUUGGUUUGUAAUGUGUCAUUCAAUCCUUCUCCCUGUCUGUGAUCAGAACCUUGUUGUUGUUAUAAGUGGAUGUAGUUUGACAUCCUGGUUAGUGUGUUUCCUGUAUUCAGAGAGACGUGGGUCAUUCUGCUUGUCAGGUGGUUAAUUGUGUUUUACUCUGUUCUCCUCCAGUCUGGCUUGCCUACCAGGAGAGUCAGGAAGAGGGCCAAAGUGGAUACUUCCAAGUUCAUGACUCCUUACCUGGCUCACAGCCAGAAGAUGCUGGACCAGUUCAGCCAUGUAGGCACCAAGUUUGGGCUUAGACCCAAACUCAAGACUGCAUGAACUCUGUUUUUUUUUUUGUUAAAAACCAGUUAAUUCUCAGUCAUUUGAAUAUUUCUUUAACACCAACCUGUUAUUAAAACUUUAAUAAGUUUCAGAGUGCAGUAUUAUUAUUCUUCUCAAUGUGGUUUUCCCUCAUCUUGACAGAACAAGUACCGACAAGCUUAUGACUUGUCCAGAGGGCAGCCUCCUGCGUUCAUCUCUGACACCCCUGAAAUGAUUCGCAUCAGGAAGGCCCAGGAGCAGCUAAGCGAGGUACUGCUGUGAUCUUGGGUGACAAAGAAGAACAGUAGGAUAUACAGCAAUAAGUGCCAUACAGAUAUUGCUGUAAAUAUAAAUAUGAUUUUGUACUAGUAUGUGCAUCUGGAUUUUAAUCAUGUUGAGUUAGGUUUAUGAUGACCAGUUUGGAAUUUGGAGCUGGUAUGAUUUCUGCUUUGGAUAAAUGAAGAUAUCACAAAUAUGAGGAUAAGGUUUUAAAAUUGUUUGCUGUUGCUCUUGUCAUUGAUAUUCACAUGUUGCGUGUAUCACCAUCAGGUUAAGUACCGCAUGGAAGGAAACAAGGCUCGCAACCAGAGCUUGUAUGAUGGUGAGGCCAAGGAUGUCGUCCAUGUCAAGCGUGUGUCUGACCUGAUCAGCAAGGUGAGUGGACUUAUUUGAAAACAAAAGACAAAUCCUUUUAAACAAAUGGAGGCUUCACAAUUAUGCUGCUGCUGCAUUUGUCUUGUAUAGGUUCUCUACAGGCAGAAGUGGGAUGAGACUAAGGAUAGGUACCUGCUGCCUCCUGAUGCUCCUGAGUUGGUCCAGGCUGUGAAGAACGCUGCUAACUACAGCAAAGUAAGCGCCAUUCAGCUUUAGGCACUUUUUUUUAGAGAAGAAAGGGAGACUUUUUCUGAAAUUGGCCAAACAUAGUUUAUUAUCAAUUUUUUUAAUGUUAAUUUUGUAACCUUUUUGUUCUCAGAAACUUUACACUGAGGACUGGGAUGUGGAGAAGACCAUGUACUACCCGUACAGCGACAGCCCUGAGCUGCGCAGGGUGGCCAAGGCUCAGGAGGUCCUCAGUGAUGUGAGUUCAGUUCAAUGUCUACACUAGCACUGUUAAGUCCUAGUCGACUGGUUGACUUAUUGGUCGAUACAUGCUAAAUCAACCAAAAUUUUAAUUGGUCGAUUCGAUUCUUUUCCGCGUCAAUUUACAGUCCAUGAUUAAUUUCAUAAGGAGGAAUGUACCAAGUGUUAAUGGGGAUGUUUUUAGAGCACCCCCGUUUCACACUUAACAGCCUGUCUCAUAACACCCCUCUUGUUUUCACCAUUUUGGAUUCGCCCAACCCAAUGGGUACCAGCUGGAGACAGGACGAUUGUAGAGCAUCCAUGUUAAUCAACGUUCAGUGGUUUGCUGAAUAGAAGAUUUGUGUAUAAUUGCCUUCUUGUGCUUAUAUCAGUAUAUUUUGACCCCGCCGCAGAAGUGUUUGCCCGGGUCAGAGUCGGAAAAUCCCCCCACCCCCCACCUCCAUUAGUCAAAUUUUUGGUCGGGAAAUUCAGGAUUGUAGUCGACCAAGAGUUUCUUUGGUUGAUUACAGCUCUAGUCUACACAUUAUUUCAACAGCAAAACAUAAAAAAAAUAAAAAAUAAAAAAUAAAUAAAUAAAUAAAAACAUGAAAAACCAAAUUUGAGCCCAGGAACGAUUUAGCUGGAAAAAGGUAAAAAAAGAAAAAAAAAAAAGAAAAGAAAAGUCAUAUCAGGGUUUUAUCUAUUUGAUCCAAUUACUUAAUGAAUGUUUUUGGCAGGAUAUCUCAUAGCCAUCCAUUCUUUAGGAAACAAUAAAGAAUAUCUCACAAAUUAUUUAAUUGCUUGUCUUCCGCUAUCCGUCACACAGACAUGCACAUCUUUUAUUCUUCUGUCGCCUCAGGCUGAGUGGUUUGUGCUGAGUAAGAUGUAACAUAGAAUUAGUAGCUAUUUCCUCUCACAUUGUGGGCAAUUAAAACAGCCGUUUGUGCCUCACUUGUAGGGAAUGUAUUUAUCUUCUUUCGAGAUCCAUUUAUUUGUGCUGAGUCAGGUGUAACAUACAAAGUGUGACAGUUUCCAGUGUCAUCUCAGUUUGCAAUGACCGUUUCUUAUCCUCUUCUCUGUGGAGCACAAUUGCCUUUGGCCUUUUCUGCUGAUGUAGAAAAAGUCACCAAUCAAUGUAGAGAUAAUCUGGAUGAGGCAGACUGUGCUCUAAGGUCAGCUACUGGUGAUAAAGAAUUAACCCUUUUAAUUUGAACCCUUCCUGUGAUUUCCCUCCUGCAGAUUCACUACAAGAAGGGUCAUGAUGAGCGCAAGGCCAAGUACACCUCCCUGGCUGAUCCUCCUGAGGUGCAGCUGGCCAAGCAAGUGGCCCAUCAGCGCAGUGAUGUAAGCAGAACAAGUUUAAACCGGAUUUCAAACACGUUUUACAUGUAUAAAAUGGGUGGAGGUUAACAAAGACACAGGAGAAGAACUCUAACUGAUAAUGUAUCUCCACCAGGCAGUCUGGUUUGGUUUGCAUUGUUUGGUAUGAUCCGUACUACCAAUUUGCCCUUACUUGAAAGGGUAGUGGAUGUCAGCAGAAUAGAUUGCUAUAAAAUCAACAAAGAGGACAAACAUGACACAGUCAACAAAAAGCAAUAAUGAGAGACAUCGAGCAUUUUGUAUUCUUUCUUGUUAAGCAUGAUCGGUGUCUUCUUUUAAAUCAGGCUUAAAGCUGUAACUAUUUUGUGUUUGUCCAUUUCAACUUCUAAAAGGAAGUGACUCCUUUUUUGACCAAAUCAACAGAUUUCAGCGUGUUUAGGUCCAACCUUUAUUGUCAGAUAGGUAUGAUUAGUACCUCAAUAGCAGAGUGCUAAAAAAAAAGUAGGGCAGUCAUUAUUAGAACAGACCGGUUAUUUUGGUUCCUUUCCCAACCGUUGACAGUGGAAACGCUAAUGAAAUUUGUAUCAUACCAAACCAGAUCACUUGAUGAGAAUACAACUUACAGUACAGAUCACUAUAAAUUAUGUGUGUAGUGCGUGUUGCAACACUGAUCUGCUAUUUUUGCACAGUUGACCAUUAUUUCCCACCUAAACAUACUGUUAAAUUGCAAAUAUCUAUGGUCAUGUAUGAUCCAUUGUGCGUUUGUAAGGACUUUAUUAGGACUAGGACCAGAUUAACAGGCUGAAGUGUUCAUUUUGAGCCAUGAACUGUCAUAAAACCUGGCCCCUUAGAGACUAACUAGCCCCAAACCACUGCCGGGUAUAUCCAGCCACCUGCUCUCUGAUAUAAAUGGCUGUACUAAGCUAGAAGGGAGAGGCUAACAAUAGGUUUGAAUUACACAGGUUCCUGUCAUUCCUGGUGUGUUUUAUCAUGCAGAAUAUAAACAGACCUAAUAAAGUCCUUUAUAUUUUCCCCUUAUAACUGCAAUAAGAUCGUAAUAUAUCACAUAAACCUUCUAAUACUGAUUGUUCUUUUGUGCUUCACAGCUUAAAUACAAGGAAGAUUACAAUAAAAACGUGAAGGGCCAGUGGUGCGAGACACCCUAUUUUGACGUCGCCACUGCAAGAGUAGCAAUGGACAACCUCAGCAGUGUAAGACCUCUCAACAACAUAACGGGUGCAGAAAUUUAUUGGAAAGUUAUCGGUUUGAUUUUCUUUCAACGUCUGUCUGUUCUUUCACCUUUUUCAGAGAAAAUACACGCAAGCAUUUGAAAACGAAAAAGACCAAAUUUAUUUCAUGCAAACAGACACGCCUGUUUACGACACAAACAAGAAGGCUCGUAUCGCUGCUAGUGAGGUGAGUAAACACUGACACCAUACACACACACACGCACACACAAAGGUAAUAGAUUAUUAUUGUAGGACCUAUCUCAUGUGGAAGACACGACAGAGAGUUGACCCAUGUCUCAGAGCAGAGAGUGAGUCAACAUGCCGAGGCCACUCUGACGCAGGGACUGAAUGCAUUGUGCCCACACACAUGCACUGCGUGACUGAGAGAUCUACAUUUGGUUCCCUCUUGCUGUGAAAGUAUGUAGUUUCUCUAGAAUGAAGCGACAACAUAUCAGACUAUGUGAGGAGGCUUUUCAGUCACUGUACUCCUCAUAGCUGCCCACACAUUCACACAUAAAUCAAACAUGCGUCAGUGAAGGAAAUGAUAAAGAAAUGUGUCCUCCUAUGAUGAAUGACAAACAUUUUGCAAUGUUGUGUAACUCGUGCAUAAACUACAUGAGUAAACCUCAUUACAGCACUUUGUUUUCCACUUACUCACCCUGUUCUCCGUGUCUCUGCUGUCAGGUCCAUUACAAGAAGGAAUACGAGAAGACAAAAGCGCAGUCUGACUACAACACGCUCCCCGCCACAGAUAACCCUCUCCUCAGACAACUCAGAUACGCCGGCACCAUUCUCAGUGAUGUAGGUGUCUGGAUUAGGGUCCUUUUUCAUCAGAGCUGUUGACUAAAAUUGAUGGAGCAUUCAUAAAUUUUGAAAUCUCUAAAGCAGUACAGAAUUAAAACAGUCGAGCAAUAUUAGUUUCUGUGUUUUCUGUGUAGGCAGAGAUGUUACUUGUAUUAAAUUGACUGUUCCUCCUGUCACACCAUUAACUAAAAAUGCUUAAUGGUUGCGGCAGCUGUGGGUGUUAGUGGCUUACUUUACUCUAAUUAGAGGGAAUUUCAUCUGACUGAUGCUAAUUUAGCUAAAAUUAAGCCACUUGCAACUCUCUCAAGAUAUAUAAUGAGUUUGUCAUCUUCUGCUGUGUAGUUUUCAGACUUUCACAAUAUGUAAGACGAUAACCAUCUAUUUAAUAAUGAAAAGUGACUUUUGCUAAAACGAUAUGCAUAUGCCACCGUAUGAUACUAUAUAACCAAAUAGUUCAUUCAGCAGGCGGCAGUUGUGGUCUUUUAUGCGAGUUGCCACCUGAUGUAAAACAGAGAAGCAGUGUCAGCUGCUAGCAAGCUAGCUGUAGCAGCCCUCCAGAAGAUGGUCAGAUACUUCAGUUUAUCGUGAUACUUAAAACGGCGUAAGAGCCUGUACCACUUUGGAGAGGCUAAUAAUUAAACAUUUGUACUUUCUGGCCAUUCUUCUGUUUUCAUUCAGCCCUACAUAGUUCAAUGAAAUGUACAUCAUUUCAAAAUGUUGCUCCACCCUUUUCUUGGCUUUUUCCAUAAAUUUUUAAUGAUAUCAACAUGCAGUUUUAUUGUGAUUUAUUUAUGUCCAGAGUAAUCUUGAGAUGAAAAGGUGAUAUUGUGGGAGCCUUAGUUUGGUGGAUGAUUUGUUCGACUAUUUUAUUUGAAUUUAUUUCUUCUUUUAGUGUUUGAUCAUGAUCUAAAUGACCUUUUUCCCUGUUAACUGUUUGUUUUAUUCCCUCUUUACAGAAAGUAUACAAGGCGAACUAUGAGAAGUCCCGAGGUUUCAGCAUCAACUACUGUGACACGCCCAAGUUUCAGAUGGACUCAGUACUUAAGCAGUUCUCUGAUGUAAGCAUGAUCUACAGAUUACAAUAGUUAAAAACUGUAAUAUCAACAAACUGUAUCACUCAUUGUCGUCCUUUCAUUAAAACUUGUACAUUUUGACUUCUUUUUAGGCACAUUACAAAGAUAAGUAUGAUAGUGAGGUGAAGGGCCACUACCUUGGCAGCUAUGAAGAUCUUUACAUGCUUCACUGCCAGAAACAAGAGGAAAUGAAGAGCGAGGUAAGUCUUUUUUUGAUUUAUCUAUCAAAUUUUGUAAAUUAGAAAGUUCAGUUAAACAGUCUCUGAUUUUCUUAUCUUACAGCAAACUUACAAAGCUGAAUAUGAAGACAUCAAAACAAGAUGCUUCUUCCCUCAAACAAUUACGCCUGAAUAUGAAGCCACAAAGAAGUUGCAGGGCUGUAGCGAUGUGAGUGCACCUGGACAGUAGACAGCUCUCUUAUACAUCAAAUGUUUCCCGGUUUUCAUUUUUUUAAAAUUUAUGUUUAUCAUGACAUGUUUUCCUCUUUAUUGUAUUGCAGAAAAAAUACCGCCAACAUCCUGACACAGUGAAAUUUACACAAGUGGUUGAUUCACCAGUUUUGGUUCAAGCCGCCAUCAACGCCAAACAGCUAAGUGAUGUACGUAUAACUACACCCUGCUUAGUACAGAUCCACCACAUCAAAAUUGAAAUUUAUGCAGUACAUCUUAUGUACGCAUAUUGUAUCAGCACUGAUAGGUAAUGUUAUCUUACUGUAAAUCAUAUUGGUUUUUCUUAAAAGUCUGACAUAACUCUAUUUCAAAUUGUCUAUUUAUUGGCUGAAAAUGCUACAAUUACCAUCCAAUCCUCUAGAUCAAAUUCUUCUGAAUGUGCAGAUCAUGUUGAAAUGUGCCCAAUCAUCCACGUAGCCCAGCUGUCUUUCUGUGGGCUCCAUGGAAACUGGAGAGCCAUCUCUCUGUAGUAAAAAUAGCAACAAGCAUUCAGUUGGCCCAGAAUAAACCCUGUGAUCGGAGAGGGGCUUAGGAGGCAGAGAAAGGGACAGUCGAUGUAUUACAGAUAGGUUUCAGAUAAUGUGCUGCUGCCCUCUAGUGAAUGGAGCAUAGGUAACAACUCUCCUAAACUUGUGUCUGGUGUUAAAAUAACUGUAGCUGUAAAAUGAGUAGUACUGUAUUGCAGAUGAGAAGAUGAGGAUAUUUUUCCUCUGAUAAAAUGAUCUUGCGCUUUUUCCACAGUUGAACUACAAAGCCAAUUAUGAAGAAAUCAAGACCAAGAAUAGCCUGCCCCCAGACUACCCCUUCUUCAUCCAGUCCAGAGUUAACGCCUUUAACCUCAGUGAUGUAAGUAGCUGUUUUUUCUUUCUCUUUUGCCAAACACACCAAACACUGUGCAAAACACAGCUGUUUGCUUUACUUUGGUUUACGUUUGAUCAUUUCCUGAAUGCUGUCAUGUUUGAUCUUGCAGAACUGUUAUAAGUAUGACUGGGAGAAAACCAAAGCGAAAAAGUUUGAGGUGAAGGGAGACGCUAUUUCGAUCCUUGCUGCUCGUGCUCACACCAACAUUGCAAGUGAUGUAAGUAUGAAACAAUACCAGCCUUUACAAAUUGUUCAUUUUACAUGAUUAUUAUUUUUUAUAUGUUAUGCCCUUGCUACUUUUCUUUCCAGGUUAAAUACAAGAAGGAGUAUGAGAAGAACAAGGGACAGAUGGUUGGUGCUCUCAGCAUUAAUGACGAUCCCAAGAUCUUGCACUCUGUUCAUGUGGCCAAAAUUCAGAGUGACGUAAGUAUGCGGUGUAAUCCUGUGCUUCAUAAUUGACAUUUCUGCUGAUAUUUAUUCAUCUGGGCUAACUCUUGAACAAUCUCUUAAUAAUAUCUCCACAGCGUGAAUACAAGAAGGACUAUGAAAAGAUCAAGACCAAGUACCAUACACCCUUGGAUAUGAUGUCAGUCACUUUGGCCAAGAAAUCUCAGGCCAUUUCCAGCAUGGCUGGGUACAGGAGCAUCAGCACCAACUUCUUCCUCCCCUACGACAGCGUGCUGUUGGACUUGGCCAAGAAAGCCAAUAUCAUCCAGAGUAAUGUGAGUAUAGACGUACAGUACAGCAUUAUAUAACAUUUUGCAACAUGUCCCUGCACAAUAUUUUAUUUAUUAACUCUGUAUAUUGUUUUGCUGUCUUGCUUCUCAGAAUGAGUACAAAUCUGACUACAACAACUACACCAAGGGUUCCCCAUGGAUCCCCCUUGGCUCCCUGGAUGUGGAAAAGAACAAGAAAGCUGCCGAGAUCCUCAGUGAGGUAUCUACGCAACAGCAUCAUUCCUCUGCAAGGAUAUACAGCUGCUGAUAAAUGCCAGAAUUUCUCACUUCAGGUGUUAAUAAUUCUUGUUUUCUACAGAGAAAAUACAGACAACACCCUGACACGGUCCCCUUCACAUCUAUCGACGACCACCCCAUCCAACUUCAAGCCAAAGUCAACCAGCUUCAAAGGAGCGAUGUGAGUCUGCUGUCACUCUAACUUUAUUUCUGUUGACAAUUUAAACUUUAUAUCUGAAAGUAGAUUCAGAAAGUUUCUUUUACAGCAGUACAUUUGAUUUCACCUCCAAUUUCUCUCUUUGCCAUUGCAGCGGUUCUAUAAGAGAGGUCUGGAGGAAAUUCAUCAGAAGUACUCUCUGCCCCCUGAUGUACCUGACCUCCUCCAGGCUAGGUGCAAUGCCUACAACAUCAGCGAUGUAAGGAAAAGACACACUUAUAUAAACUUUUUUUUCAUAAUUCACAGAUUAUAUUUAAUGUAACGUGUUAAUACUCUGGAUUGAAUUUGAUUUUGUUGUUUCGUUUGUCAUUCCAGAAAUACUACAAGUUGGCCUGGCAGGAUUUGAUUGCUAAAGGUUAUGACUUGAAGCCUGACGCAAUCUCAGUUGUUGCUGCCAAGGCUGCCAGACACGCUGCAAGUGAUGUAAGUUUCUCAGGAGACUCUUCCAACAAUCGUUUAAAACCCCUUAUCAAAGAUUUUCAACCUCAUUUCUCUGUUAUCAAGUCAAGCAUGAGUUUGUUUCUCUGUGCCCUUAGGUUGCAAAUGCAGUUUUUCUUUCAAACCUGAUGACUCUUCUUCUUUUUUUCUGUGUAGGUCCAAUAUAAGAAGGCUUACAUGAAGGACAGAGGCAAACAUGUUGGCUUUCGCAGCCUUCAGGAUGAUCCUCUGCUGGUUCACUACAUGGAGGUGGCCAAGUUGCAGAGUGACAAGAACUACAAGAAGGACUACCACAAGGCCAAGCUGAAGUACCACACACCAGUGGACAUGAUGAGCGUGCUGCACGCCAAGCAGGCCUCUGCUGUUCAGACCUUUGCUGGUUACAAGCAGCAUAUCCCCCGCUACACUCUGCUGCCUGAUGCCAUGAGUCUGGACCUUGCUCGCACAAUGAACUUCAAUGCCAGCGAUGUACGUAUUAUUUUCUAUACUGCCCAAGUCUGAAUACCCAAUCUUUUUCAUGUGUUAUGAUUGCCACUUUGUAACAUCAGGCGAUUUUAGAGCCAUAUUUUUCUGCUGUGAUUUGACCAACAAACCUGACAGAGAUACCCAACCAAUCAUGAUGAUAUCUGGAGUUUUUACAGGUUGAGUUUUCACUUUGCUCUUUUGUCUCCAGGUCAACUAUAAAUCAGAUUAUGAGGCAUCAGUGAAGGGAACUGGCUGGGUCCCCAUUGGCUCCCUGGAGGUGGAAAAAGCCAAAACCGCCGCAGCAGCCCUGGAUGAGAUAAAGUACCGACAGCACCCCAGCACUUUUAAAUUCACUAGUGCUAUGGACUCUAUGAGCAUGGAGCUGGCAAAGACCAAUGCCAAGAUCAUGGAUGAGGUGAGUUGAAAGAAACACAAGAGUUUUCUGUUCUCAUUUUUUUAAAUUAAGCCAUAGAAAUCCUCAAUAGAACAAACAUAAUGAGCUGUCUUUGUCGUGACUGUGCAGAAAGAGUACAGGUCCACUGGAGAGAAGUUCAAGCACACUUAUCAUCUCCCUGCUGAUGCUCCCGAACUGCUGCAGGCCAGGUACAACGCUGUAAACAUCAGCCAGGUGAGUUGCGUGUUCUGCUGUAGUAUUUUCAGCCCUUCUCACAUCGAUAUGUGAGAAGAAUUAAAUUAUUUUCACAUUGCUAACAUCACUCAUCAUUAUUUUAUUUAGAAUUACUACACCUAUGCCCAUCGUCAAGAUCUCCUCAAAGGGCAUCAUGUGAAGGAAGAUGCCAUUCCUGUUGUGGCAGCGAAAUCCUCCAGAGACAUCGCCAGUAAUGUAAGUCAUGAGUACAUUCAUUAUUACAGAGCUUUCCAGGUGUUCUAAAUUCAGCUGUUAAUACCUGAUUGUUUUCCUUUUUAUAGUACAAGUACAAACUGGCAUAUGAGAAAGCCAAAGGCAAACACGUUGGCUUCCGCAGCCUCCAGGAUGAUCCUCUGCUGGUUCACUACAUGGAGGUGGCCAAGUUGCAGAGUGACAAGAACUACAAGAAGGACUACCACAAGGCUAAGCUGAAGUACCACACACCAGUGGACAUGAUGAGUGUGCUGCAUGCCAAACAGGCAUCUGCUGUUCAGACCUAUGCUGGUUACAGGAAGAUCCCCCACAGCUUCAUGCUUCUGCCUGACAACAUGCACCUGCAGCGGUGUCGCAACAUGAUGGACAUUCAGAGCGAUGUAUGUCCUUCCUUUUCUUUUUAAAGGGUAGCUUAGCUUGUAGUCAAAGUUAUAUGCAGCAGCAAAGCAUUAUGCACUGUGAUGUAUGUUAACCAAUCAACAUUUUGAACCCCACAGAAUGUGUACAAAUCAGAGUACAACAGCUUCUUCAGAGGAUUAGGAUGGGUCCCAAUUGGGUCUUUGGAUGUUGAGAAGGCCAGAGCUGCAAAAUCUGCACUGGAUGAAAAAAGCUACCGCCAGCAUCCAAGUUCUCUUAAGUUCACAAGCAAGACUGAUGACAUGAACAUGGCUUUGGCCAUGACUAACUCAAAGCUGAUGGACAAGGUAAGACUGGGAUCCUCUUUACAGGGGAUGUGUUUCCUUUAAAUUUCUCAGGAUUUGUUCAAAUAUUGAUUCAUGUCAGAUAAAACCAUAAAGAAGUUCUUGCAAAAAUGACUAAGUGCCUUAUCUUUUUUUCCUUCCCUUCAGGCUGCAUACAAAGCUUCAGGUGAAAAGUUCAUGCACACCUAUAAUCUGCCAGCUGACAGCCCUGAGUUCCUCCAGGCUAAAUUCAAUGCUCAGUCUCUUAGUGAGGUUGGAACUUUGUGUAUUUGUUCAAAAUUAAAACUUUUCAUUAAUUUUUAUCUAUGAACUAUACGAUCCUACAAAAUAUAAAAGCAUAACUUGUGCUCAAAGUUUACUGUAACUUUUUGCUUUUUUACCUGCAGAGUCACUACAAGCACAAGUGGCUGGAAACUAUUGCAAAGGGAUAUGACAUGAAGCCUGAUGCCAUUCCUAUCCUCCAUGCCAAACAAGGCAGGCAUAUUGCCAGCAAUGUAUGUAAACUUUAAAUAUACACGCAUAAUGUAUCUAGCAGUUUUAAAUAACAGCAAAACCUCAUAUAAAUAUGCAACCAUCUUUUUUCAAUAGGUUCAGUACAAAAAAGAAUUUGAGAAAGCCAAAGGCCACCAUGUUGGCUUCCGCAGCCUCCAGGAUGAUCCUCUGUUGGUUCACUACAUGGAGGUGGCCAAGAUGCAGAGUGAGAAGAACUACAAGAAGGACUACCACAAGGCCAAGCUGAAGUACCACACACCAGUGGACAUGAUGAGUGUGCUGCAUGCCAAGCAGGCAUCUGCUGUUCAGACCUUUGCUGGUUACCGGAAGAUCCCACACAACUACUUCCUUCUGCCUGACAAUAUGGAACUACAGCGGUGUCGCAACAUGAAUGCGCAGUCAAGCGAUGUGAGUUGCAUUGACUGAGUUGCAGAGUUACUUCCUUGGUUCCUAAAUGAAAUCUAAUUGAGUCACCAGCUUGUGCUUCACAUCAUGUUUAACUUUCAGCCAUUGAACUCAUUUGCCACAUUGACUUUUCUUUUUAGUGUGAAUACAAGUCCGAUUGGAACAACUUUGUUAGAGGAACUGGAUGGGUACCCAUUGGUUCACUUGCAGUUGAGACGGCUAAAGUUGGUGGUGACAUCCAGAGCGACAACAAGUACCGCACUCACCCAUCCACUUUUAAAUUCAGCAAGCUGAUGGACUCCAUGGACUUGGCCUUGGCUACAGCCAACAACCAGAUCAUGAACAAGGUGCAGUAUGUUCAAAUUUUCAGUAUGGGAUCUUAAAGCAGUCGCGAUUAUGUGUAUGAGCUUUGUUAUUUAUUUGUUGUGUCUCUAUUACAGCAAGCAUACACUUCAGCCUGGGAGAAAGACAAGCUGACAAUCCAUGUCAUGCCAGAUUCUCCUGAGAUUCUCCUGGCCAAAGCCAAUGCUAUCACCAUGAGCAAUGUAAGACAUUAGUUUAAUACACAUGACAAACCAGGUAUUUCUCCUCUUCUCAAUUUUCCUUGUAUGAAAUUAUCUGUUCUAUUCGUGCAGAAACUCUACAAAGCUGGUGUUGUGGAAAUGGCCAACAAGGGCCACAACCUCAAAGCUGAUGCUAUCCCAAUUAUCGCUGCCAAGACUGGUACCACCAUUGCCAGUAAUGUGAGUUUAACACAAAUUCCCUUUACAAAUAAUGAUGUUUACCAACUACAGCUUGAGAUUAAUGCUAACACUCAUGCCUUUACUCUCACAGUACAAGUACAAACUGGCAUAUGAAAAAGCCAGAGGCCACCAUGUUGGCUUCCGCAGCCUCCAGGAUGAUCCUCUGCUGGUUCACUACAUGGAGGUGGCCAAGUUGCAGAGUGACAAGAACUACAAGAAGGACUACCACAAGGCCAAGCUGAAGUACCACACACCAGUGGACAUGAUGAGUGUGCUGCAUGCUAAACAGGCCUCUGCUGUUCAGACCUAUGCUGGUUACAGACAGCAUAUUCCCCGCUACACUCUGCUGCCUGAUGCCAUGAACUUUGAACUUGCUCGCAACAUGCAGUUCAUUGCCAGUGAUGUAUGAGACUUUAACUUAAUCGCAAAAGAUUUGUCAGUAUCAUAAAGCCAUGUUUAGCUGUCAUGAUAACUGUUUCUGUCCAUCUCCUCAAACAGAACCAGUACAAGAGUGAGUAUCAUAACUUCUUCAGAGGAUUAGGAUGGGUACCUAUUGGCUCACUUGGAGUUGAGACGGCUAAAGUUGGCGGUCAGAUUCUGAGUGAGCACAAGUACCGCACUCAUCCAUCAAACCAUAAAUUCAGCAAGCUGAUGGACUCCAUGGACUUGACCUUGGCAACUGCCAACAACCAGAUCAUGAACAAGGUGCAGCAUGCUUAAAGACAUGGGGCAUAAAAUGCUGCUAAGUCUGGUCUUGUACUAGUAUUAUUUAUGUAAUUGUUGUAUUUUUCUUUAUUUGCAGAAAGCAUACACUGCAGCUUGGGAAAAGGACAAACUGACAGUCCAUAUCAUGCCAGACUCUCCCGAUAUUGUCCUGGCUAAGGCUAAUGCGAUCACCAUGAGCAAUGUAUGAAAACAUAUCAAGCACUAAUUAAACAUAAACAAUUCUGUACACUAAUGUUACUUUAUUUGUCCUUGCAGAAACUCUACAAAGCUGGUGUUGUAGCAAUGGCCAACAAGGGUCACAACCUCAAAGCUGACGCUAUCCCAAUUGUUGCUGCCAAGACUGGUACUACCAUUGCCAGCAACGUAUGUUGUUUUAAACCACCUGAUAUAAUUUAUUUUUCUCAAUUCAAAACUAAACAGGUAUCAUAAUGUCUUUUUAGACUUCACAAAGGACAAUUAGUCACAAUAAGUGUGUUUGUGCUCUCACAGUACAAGUACAAGUUGGCAUAUGAAAAAGCCAGAGGCCACCAUGUUGGCUUCCGCAGCAUCCAGGAUGAUCCUCUGCUGGUUCACUACAUGGAGGUGGCCAAGUUGCAGAGUGACAAGAACUACAAGAAGGACUACCACAAGUCCAAGCUGAAGUAUCACACACCAGUGGACAUGAUGAGUGUGCUGCAUGCCAAGCAGGCAUCUGCUGUCCAGACCUAUGCUGGUUACAGACAGCAUAUUCCCCGCUACACUCUGCUGCCUGAUUCCAUGAACUUUGAACUUGCCCGUAACAUGCAGUUCAUUGCCAGUGAUGUAUGACACUUUAACUUAAUUCCAAAUAUUUGUCAGUGUCAUAAAGCCAUGCUUCACUGUCAUGACAACUGUCUCUGUGAAUGUCUUAAACAGAACCAGUACAAGAGUGAGUAUCAGAACUUCUUCAGAGGAGUUGGAUGGGUACCUAUUGGGUCUCUGGAUGUUGAAAAGGCAAAAAUAGCUGGUCGGAUCUUCAGUGAGCCUCUCUACCGUCAACAUCCUAGCAAUUACAAAUUCACUAAAGACAUGCACUCCAUGGAUAUUGUUCUGGCAUCAGCCAACAACCAGAUUAUGGAUCAGGUACGAUGAAGAACCUAAUAAGAAAAACAUGAAUAUUCCUUUUCCCUUUAUACUCAAAGAUUUUACCCAGUAACACUUUUUUCAUUUUAGCAAUCCUACACCAAAGCCUGGGAGAAAGACAAAACCAAGAUCCAUAUCAUGCCUGAUGCGAUGGACAUUGUUCUUGCCAGAGGAAAUAACAAGAUCGUCAGUGAGGUAUGGUGUUUAAUUCACUUCCACAGAUUUUCUAUAUUUUUUCAGAUCUAUUUUAACAUGUAAUAAAUAAAAAAGGCAUAACCACAGCCCUUGCAGUAUGAAGAACUUAGUUUAUCCACAAGGGGAAAUUCGAUCGGCCAGUAUGGACUAACAGAAAGGAUAUGGAUUUAUAGUUUUAUUUAUUUAAGAUGAAAAAUAAAUGUGUCUGUUUCCCUUUUCUCCAGAAAUUAUACAAACUGGACAAUGAACUUUCCAAGAAGAAGGGCCAUAAUUAUCGAGGUGAUGCCAUUGCAGUCCAGGCUGCCAAACUUUCAACUACCAUUGCUAGUGAUGUAAGUAUGUGUGCAACUAUUAGUAUGCUGAACUAUCUUCUUUGUUCCUCUCCCUCCCAGAAAAGUAAAACAGAUUGAACUUAUAAAUUCUCACAUUUGCUUUCAUAGUAUAAGUACAAGACUGGAUACCGCAAGCAGGUCGGCCACCAUGUUGGUGCUCGCUGCAUUCAGGAUGAUCCUCUGCUCAUGCUGGCCCUGAACUCCGCCAAGAUUGCCAGUGAUGCUCUGUACAAGAAAGACUUCAACAAGUCUAAGACCAAGUUCAACCUGCCUGUGGAUAUGAUGGCCUUUGAGCUGGCCAAGAAGAACCAGAUUCAGGUCAAUGACUUCAACUACAGGACUCAUCUGCACAACUGGACUUGCCUGCCCGACUCCAAUGAUGUAGUCCAGGCCAGACAUGCUUAUGACCUCCAGAGUGAUGUGAGUAUAAUUUAUUUUUGUUUCUUUAGGUCAAGUAUCAAUUUCUUAACCUCUUUCACAACUUCAAAUCUUUUCUGUUUGUCCAGGCCGUGUACAAGGAGGAGCUGAAGACAUUGCAGGGUAUCGGUUGGGUACCAAUAGGUUCACUGGAUGUUGAGAAGGCGAAGAAAGCUGGUGAAGCCCUGAGUGAGAAACUCUAUCGUCAACACCCAAGCAACUUUAAAUACAAGGUGUCCACUGACGACAUGCCCCUGGUGCUGGCUAAGGCCAACGCUCAGGUCAUGAACAAGGUAUGACUCAAUCUAGAUAUUCAUCAUGGUAUUUUACUGAAAACAAAAAUUUACAUGAUCAUAUAACAGAAACAAGUAAUUUUGCAUGGCAUAUCUAAGCACUUUGGACUGGCUGUAAGAAAGAGUUUUAAUCUUUUAAGAAAAAGAACUUAAUCACAACGUCUGCGUAACACUGCAGUACUCAUUUGUUAUCUCCGAUGUUUAAAACCUUAAAAGUGUAUUUUUCUUCUGAAGAAUUGUCAUGUCAACAUUGAAUAAUUAGAUUUGAAAUAAUGAUUUAUGUUCACAAGUGGUCCACUAUUUGAGCAGAAUAACUGCUUUACCACAAUGUUGUUCAAGAUUUUUGUUUACAUGCUAAAUGCAGUCUGUGGGUUUUUUAAUAUAUGGAUACUUAACACAAUUAAAUUGACUUCACAGCAUGCUUACACUCAAGCCUGGGAGAAGGACAAGACUACCAUUCAUGUCAUGCCUGAUGCCAUGGAUAUCGUACUGGCCAAAGCAAACAAAGCCAACUACAGUUUGGUGAGUCCUCUGGAUUACUGUUGUAAAAGCUUUUUUAAAUCACAUUUUUGUGAGUAAACAUUGUGUAAAACACUAAAAAAAAUUUAUGUUGUUUUCCCUUAUCCAGAAACUGUACAAACAAGCAAAUGAAGAGGCCAAAAAGAAGGGAUAUGACCUGCGUAAUGAUGCCAUUUCCAUCAUUGCUGCUAGAGCCACAAGGGAUAUUGCCAGUGAUGUAAGAAAACUCAUUUUUCAACUCUUUAAAAUAUCUUUUUUUGAAUUUAAACUUGUCAUAAAGAUUUCAUGAAAGUUUUAUUUCACAUAAUUAUUUAGUCAGUGUGCCAUGCUUACAUUUCUAUGUAAACUAGGAGAUACAUUUGAAGGGAGUAAUAUAAUUUACUCUAAAAUCAAAAGGAUGAAUCUAUAAUGUAAAUAGUUUGAACGUGAAGACAGUUCAGAGCAAUUAAUUCUGACUACAAGUUGGAACUGUUGGUUUGGUUUAACAGAAACAAUUAUGCUUUAACAAAGAGAAACUUCUCAUUUGCAGUACAAGUACAAAACAGGAUACCGUAAGCAGGUUGGCCACCAUAUUGGUGCACGCAGCGUCCAGGACGAUCCUCUGAUGAUGCUGGCCUUGAACUCCGCCAAGAUUGCUAGUGAUGCUCUGUACAAGAAGGACUUUAACAAGUCCAAGACCAGGUUCCACCUGCCUGUGGAUAUGCUGAAUCUUGAGCUGGCCAAGAAAUGCCAGAUUCAAGUCAAUGACUUCAACUACAGGACUCGCCUUCACCAGUGGACUUGUCUGCCAGACUCCAACGAUGUGGUCCAGGCCAGACAUGCUUAUGACCUCCAGAGUGAUGUGAGUAUGAAAACUUUAGAUACAUAUUUUGGCCUUUCCCAAAUGUAUCUUUAUUGACAACUAAACCCUUUUUAUCUGUCCAGGCCGUGUACAAGGAGGACCAGAGGAUGUUGCAGGGUGUUGGAUGGGUGCCUAUAGGUUCACUGGAUGUUGAGAAGGCGAAGAAAGCUGGUGAAGCCCUGAGUGAGAGACUGUACCGUCAACACCCCAGCGGUUUCAAAUACAAGAUGUCCACUGAAGACAUGCCCAUGGUGCUGGCUAAGGCCAAUGCUCAGGUUAUGAACAAGGUAUGAAUUAUUUUAUUUUCAAAGCAAUGUGCUGGUGGGAACUUUUGGCCUGAUGAAAAGUAUUGGAAUUGGUCCAACCACUCCACUGGAGUUAGUUUUUAAGAUUUAUUGGGCCUGGUUAUUCACCAGUCCCCCUAAAAAUGGCAAACCCCUUUAAAAAUACUGUUUUUGAGUUAUUGUGGAAUAACUUAGUCUCACUGCAUGUCCUCACAUUGUCAAGAAGUCCUCUUGCAUGAUCCUGUUUGAAGGCUCCAUUGUAUCAAUCAAAUCUUUAAUGGUAAUUUUCUGUGACUGCAGAAAGCCUAUGUGGAAGCCUGGGACAAUCAGAAGACAAACAUCCACAUCAUGCCUGACGCUAUGGAUGUUCUUCUGGCAAAAGCAAACAAUGUCAACUACAGCUACGUAAGUAAAAACUGAAUGCAUACGAGCUAAGUAACUUUGAUGGAUGGAUAGUGUAAUUUAAAGGCUUGAAGAACUGAUUUUUUUUUCUUUUUUACACUGUAAAAAUGUCACGUAGAGGUAACUUUAAAUCAUCUUAAGUUGGUUUACUUGUAGGUGUUUUGCCAAAAAUGUCAAAUUAUAAUCUCAAAUUUAGACAAUUUAGGUUUUAAGGCAGCUCAUUAACUCUUUUAGCUAAAUCAGCUAGUGUUUCUUAGCAGUGUAUUUUGUAUUUUACUUUUGACUGUUUCUCUACAGAGUAUGUAUAUUAUCUGCUCAUGUCAUCUAAAAACCUCUCAGUUCUGAUUUAACAAGAAAAGGAAACAUUAAAUUUGUGUUUGUUUACAGAAAAAGUACAAACAGGCUCAUGAAGAUUCCAAGAAGAAGGGCUAUGAUAUGCGCCAUGAUGCCAUUCCCAUCAUCGCAGCCAGGGCUUCCAGAGACAUUGCCAGUGAUGUAAGCUGUGAAAAUUUCUAAUAGUAAUAAUCACACUACACAAUUAAAGUGAUGCACUGAAUGACAAAAACUUUUCUUUUGUUUUUCAGUAUAAGUACAAGACUGGAUACCGUAAGCAGGUCGGCCACCAUAUCGGUGCCCGCUGCGUGGAGGACGAUCCUCUGAUGAUGCUGGCCUUGAACUCCGCCAAGAUUGCUAGUGAUGCUCUGUACAAGAAGGACUUCAACAAGUCCAAGACCAGGUUCCACCUGCCUGUGGACAUGCUGAAUCUUGAGUUGGCCAAGAAAUGCCAGAUCCAGGUCAACGAUUUCAACUACAGGACUCACCUGCACCAGUGGACUUGCCUGCCAGACUCCAACGAUGUGGUCCAGGCCAGACAUGCUUAUGACCUCCAGAGUGAUGUAAGACUGUGAACUUGAAGUAAACAGUUUGAGGUUUCUAAUGAUUAAAAUCAUAAUAAAUGAAUUCUUAACAUCUUUUCCUCUCAAAUCCUUCUUUUUUCCCCAGGCUGUCUACAAGGAGGACCAGCGGUUAAUGCAGGGUAUCGGUUGGGUGCCUAUAGGCUCACUGGAUGUUGAGAAGGCGAAGAAAGCUGGUGAAGCCCUGAGUGAGAGACUGUACCGUCAACACCCCAGCGGUUUCAAAUACAAGAUGUCCACUGAAGACAUGCCCAUGGUGCUGGCCAAGGCCAACGCUCAGGUCAUGAACAAGGUAUGAAACAAUUCAAAGAAGGAUUUUGUUUGAUAUUCUGCUCUGCAGGGACUGUGCAGAAUGGAACUUUUUUUGCUGUUUUGUCUCUCAAGGAAAACUUCAUACCUAUUGGAGUAACUCUAUAUUGCUGUUUUGUCACUGCAGAAAUCUUAUGUGGAAGCCUGGGACAAUGAGAAGACAAAGAUUCACAUCAUGCCUGACGCUAUGGAUGUUCUUCUGGCUAAAGCUAAUAAUAUCAACUACAGCUACGUAAGUGAGAUUAAAAAAGAUAUAAUUCUACUGACUUUCUGGUUAAUGGGCCAUCAGUAUGUAGAGCUAUUUUAUUUGACGUUUUUGAUAUGAUUAUGUGUUUGUGUCCACAGAAAUUGUACAAGCAGGCCCAUGAAGAUGCCAAGAAGAAGGGCUAUGAUAUGCGUAAUGAUGCCAUUCCCAUCAAAGCAGCCAGGGCUUCCAGAGACAUUGCCAGUGAUGUAAGUGUUUCAGUUUAUUGAAUGAAAUAUUCCCAAUUUUAAACUGGAGUUAUUUUAUUAUUUAUUUUAUUAUCAUUAUUUAUUAUUUAAUUAGAGACUUUCUGUUUUCCAUGUUUUCUUUUUUGUGCUGCUCAACUUUUGGGCUACAUUAUAAAAUGUACAGGACAGGCAGAAACAAGUCUUGAGCUUCAGCCUAUUCCCUUUCUUAUGGUCAAUAAUUUUAUUGUGUAAAAUGAAAAAGUGUAAACAUGAUAAAUUGACGUAUUUUGUAUUUUGGAAGUUAAAAUUUUACAUAUUUUUUGAUCCUCUUUAAUGAAUGAUUAAGAUCGAUAAUCGUUUGAACGUAGACUUUAUUCUCGUUAACCUUAUGGUGUAAAUGUAACAAAGAUCUUUCCUUUUUCAACUGAAUUCAGUUCAGCAAAAGUGUAAGGUAAUGCUAUUUUUUUUUUACCCAAAAAGUGAAGGAAACUCUCAACAGUUAUAUCCUGCCAUGUUUUCUUUCAGUACAAGUACAAGACUGGAUACCGUAAGCAGGUCGGUCACCAUAUUGGAGCCCGCUGUGUCCAGGACGAUCCUCUGAUCAUGUUGGCUAUGAACUCCGCAAAGAUUGCUAGUGAUGCUCUGUACAAGAAGGACUUCAACAAGUCCAAGACCAAGUUCAACCUGCCUGUGGACAUGCUGAACCUUGAGUUGGCCAAGAAAUGCCAGAUCCAAGUCAAUGACUUCAACUACAGGACUCAUCUGCACAACUGGACCUGCCUGCCAGACUCCAGUGAUGUGGUCCAGGCCAGACAUGCCUAUGACCUUCAGAGUGACGUGAGUCCAGCCCUUCUGCUUCAUUUUUUUAGCCCAUUUCUUGUAACAUGGUAAUGUGACUAGAAUUCUACAGAGUCAAAUUCUGUCUCUGCUUUUCAUAGGCUGUCUACAAAGCUGACCUAAAGUGGCUCCAGGGCUUGGGCUGGGUUCCUAUCGGCUCGAUUGAGGUGGAAAAAGUCAAAAAGGCGGCAGAGAUCCUGAGUGACAUUAAGUACCGCCAGCAUCCUAGCACUGUUCCCUUCACCAGCAAGACAGACGCAAUGAAUCUUGUACUGGCAAAGAACAACGCCUUGACCAUGAACAAGGUAUACUUGUUUUUUAGUGAAAUAUAAAUAGUUUGGGGUAAUAGUGUUUUUUCAUCCUCAUGUUUUUCUUCAAUUGCACUUGAGAACUCAUUGAAUCUAUUUCAUCAAUAAAAAUCUAACACUGGUGUUAUAUGUGGUAUUUUCAGCGUCUCUACACUGAACAAUGGGAGAAAGACAAGACCACAAUACACAUCCAGCCUGACACUCCUGAAAUCCUCCUGUCCCAGCAGAACGCUAUCAACAUGAGCAAGGUAAGUGAUAUUUCUCCUCUAUUCAGGUCAAUCUGUAAAAUGUAUCAUGACUCAAUCUCUAAGAAAUGCUCUAGAAGUUAACACACAUGCUUCACUUUGCAGAAACUGUACAGACAAGGUUAUGAAGCCGACAUCAGGAAAGGCUACUUCCUUCCAAAAGAUGCCGUCUCUGUUCUGGCAGCAAAGGCCUCCAGGGACAUCGUCAGUGAUGUAAGUAAACAAACUACAUUAGUUUAAAGUUUGUUUUUGUAAAAAGAAGUGGUGACAGAAAAAUGUGAAAUUUGUUAGUUGUAUUAAAAAAUUAAUCUUAUAUUUUUAUUCAACUAUUUUCACUUUAGUACAAGUACAAGACUGGAUACCGCAAGCAGGUCGGCCACCAUAUUGGAGCCCGCUGUGUCCAGGACGAUCCUCUGAUCAUGUUGGCUAUGAACUCCGCAAAGAUUGCUAGUGAUGCUCUGUACAAGAAGGACUUCAACAAGUCCAAGACCAAGUUCAACCUGCCUGUGGACAUGCUGAAUCUUGAGUUGGCCAAGAAAUGCCAGAUCCAAGUCAAUGACUUCAACUACAGGACUCACCUGCACCAGUGGACUUGCCUGCCAGACUCCAACGAUGUAGUCCAGGCUAGAAAGGCCUAUGAUCUCCAGAGUGAUGUGAGUCCUCAAAUGACCUAACUAAUUUAUUCAGAACAUACUGUGCCAUGCCAACUGUGUUUGUCUGUUUUCAUAUAACAACUGUACUUUUUCUCUUCAGGCUGUGUAUAAACAAGACAUGGAUGAGGUCAUUGGUGUAGGAUGGAUCCCUAUUGGCUCUAUUGAUGUGAUGAAAGCCAAAAACGCCUCAAACAUCCUCAGCGACCAUCUCUACAGGCAGAAAGUGGACAAAUUCAAAUACACAACUGAUAUGAACGCCAUGCCCAUGGUGUUGGCAAAGGCAAACGCUGAGACCAUAAACAAGGUAAUGUCUGUCUUAUCCCUUUUUUACAUUUUUCCCAUGUGUUUAUCCUUUUCCCCGAUGAUUAUAAUUUGUGAUCACGUUUUUUUCCUUCCAUACAGAGAAACUACAUCGCUGCCUGGGAGGCAGAUAAGAUUAAGACUCAUGUGACCCCUGACCUGCCUGAGAUUUUGCUUUCUAAAGCCAAUGCUUACAACAUCAGCAGGGUACGUUUGUUUUUUUUUUCUCUUAGCUAGUAUUCAACUGCGGCAUAAGUUAAUAUUGAUACUGGGAUUGUUUUUAAAGCAAUUCUAAUUAAGGGUUCAUGGGACCAGGAUUUGGUUUUCUAAUUGUUAAACCUUCAUCUGCUAGCAGUUUUGUGAUGUUUCCUCAGCCAAUAGACAUUUCUGAUCUGGUGUAUAGUGAUCAGUAAGACAGGAAGAGCAAGAACAAAUAACUAUUGUUAAACAAGCCUAAGAAACAAAGAAUCAUGAAGGUAUCAAGUUCAGUCUAGGAUUGUCAAUAUACAUAUUACCUAAACAUAUGAUUUCAAUACUCAUUUUGGAUCUUAAGAAAUAUGAAUUUGUAUUUCAUGAUUUAAAUUCUUUGAAACAUUUCCAGAAACUGUACAGAGAAGGUGUGGAGGAGAUGUUCAGAAAGGGAUACGACAUGAAGGCUGAUGCUGUCGCUGUUGUUGCUGCCAAAAAAGGACGGGAAAUCAUCAGUGAUGUACGUAACAACAGUUUUUUUUUUUUUAAUAAAGCAUGACUAUCCUUUUUUUAUACAGCAUUAUGUUAAUUGUUAUUUUGUCCUGUUCCUUAUGACAGUACAAGUACAAGACUGGAUACCGCAAGCAGGUUGGCCACCACAUCGGUGCUCGCUGCAUUGAGGAAGAUCCUCUGAUCAUGUUGGCUCUCAACUCGGGCAAGAUCGCCAGUGACGUUCUGUACAAGAAGGACUUCAACAAGUCCAAGACCAAGUUCCACCUGCCUGUGGACAUGCUGAACCUUGAGUUGGCCAAGAAAUGCCAGAUCCAGGUCAAUGACUUUAACUACAGGACUCACCUGCACCAGUGGACUUGCCUGCCAGACUCCAAUGAUGUGGUCCAGGCUAGAAAGGCCUAUGAUCUCCAGAGUGAUGUAAGUAAUGACAUCUUCUUACUAUGCAUUUCCUGAAUCCUUUAAUAUCUGACCUUUAAUUCAAUUCCCUUUCAACCUUUUAUUUGCAGGCUGUUUACAAGGCUGACAUGGAAUGGAUCCGUGGAUGUGGCUGGGUGCCGAUUGGUUCCGUUGAUGUGGAGAAAGCCAAGAAAGCAGCAGAGAUCCUGAGUGAAAGGAAGUACCGCCAGCCUCCCAACCUUUUCAAAUUCACCGCCCAAACUGUUGACAUGCCAUAUGCCCUGGCUCAGGCCAACGCUCAAGUCAUGGACAAGGUAAGGGAAGCUGAUCUAGUUUCACUUUUCAUUGUAUAUUUUAGUUUGAUAUCAUCAUUGUUAUCCUUAGUGGGGGAGGCUUUUUUUAAAGUGUCAUAACACAAAUUAGCAAAUUGUUUUUUCUGUCCAGUUUACUUAAUUUUAAAGAGGAAAGAUUGUUCAAGACAUAGCUGCAUUUGCUUUUGAAUUAGAUUCUUUCACCCACAUGUGAGUAACACCUGUUUAUCUCUUAUUUACAGAAAGCAUAUAUUGCUGCCUGGGAGAAGGAUAAGGUCAACAUUCAUGUCAUGCCUGACACACCUGAGAUCAUCCUGGCCAAGCAGAAUAAGCUCAACACCAGUCUGGUAAUUCGCCAUCUUCUCAUGUAGUGGAAUAACACAGAUUAAAAACUUCAGUAACCUCCUUAAUCGUUUGAUUUUGCUAAUGUCAAGGAAUAAAUAAUGUCCUGUAAUUUUUGGUUCCAAUGUAAAGGAAAAUUCUUGUUAAUUGGAUUUUGGAUUUAGCAUGAUAGUACGUUAUUCAUAUUUACUUUAAAGUCACUCUAACAUUAUCCUUUUUCUCUAGAAAUAUUACCGUGAAGGCUAUAUGGACACCAUCAACAAAGGCUACUUCCUUCCAAAAGAUGCCGUCUCUGUUCUGGCAGCAAAGGCCUCAAGGGACAUCGUCAGUGAUGUAAGUCUGUGCAGCUCUAUGAACUUAUUUUAGUCUCUCAUUUUAUAGUGCCUAAUAUCACAGCUGUUUAAAUAUGAUGCAAUGAUUCAAACAAUAAUAAUAAUAAUCAAAAUAUGUCCAUCACAAACUUUCAGUACAAGUACAAGGCUGGUUUCCGCAAGCAGUGUGGCCAUCACAUCGGAGCCCUCAGUGUGAAUGACGACCCACUGAUUUUGUUGGCCGCUCAUGUAGCCAAGAUCUCCAGUGACAACAUCUAUAAGAAGGAGUUCCACAAGACAAAGACCAAGUACAACCUGCCCGGGGACAUGGUGGCUAUUGAACUUGCUAAGAAGUGCCAGCAGCAAGUGAACGACUUUAACUACAGAACACAUUUGCACCAGUGGACGUGUCUGCCAGACUCCAGUGAUGUGGUACAGGCCAGAAAGGUGUACGACUUACAGAGUGAUGUAAGUGAUCGUUCAUCAGGUUCCAAACACUUAAAUGUAAGUAUAUUUAGUUAGAUUAAAUAUAAAAUUAUGUUUGUUUUUCAGGCUGUAUACAAAGCUGAUCUGGAGUGGCUGAGAGGAUGCGGCUGGUCACCUCAUGACUCUGUGGAAGUCGUCAAAGUCAGAAAUGCCCAGAAUGUUCUCAAUGAGAGGCUGUACCGCCAGCCUCCGAGCACCGUGAAGUUCACCAGUGUUGUUGACCUCCCGGCUAUUGUCUUGUCCAAGCAGAAUGCUGAUAAUAUUAGUGAUGUAGGUAUCAGCAUCUUAAGGAAUUUCUGCAUAUUUUCACAAUUAUUUGACGAUAAGGCUUAUUUAUAAAUUAUGUUGUGUUUUUAUCUAACAGAGAAAAUAUAGAGAAGCUUGGGAUAAAGACAAGCUCAUCAUUCACCUGCCAAAUAACACCCCAACCUUUGAACUGUCCAAGGCUAAUGCUAUCAACAUCAGCAAUGUAAGUCUGUCUUACUACAAGUUCUGUCUAGCAUAAAUGAUAAAAUAUUGACGUACAUGUUGCAAUGUUUUAGUCACUUGUGUAACAUCUCACAAUCUUGUUUGCAGAAACUGUACACGAAAGCAUGGGACGAUCAGAAGGCUAAAGGCUACCACGUCAAGGAGGAUGCUAUCUCUGUGCUGAAGGCUAGAGCUUCCAGAGAUAUCGUCAGCGAUGUAAGACAAUCAUGCUAAUGCUUUGAAUACAACAGCUUACCUAAGAAGACACAAUCUGACUUUAUAAACAUUUGCUCAACUAUUUUCACUUUAGUACAAGUACAAGACUGGAUACCGCAAGCAGGUUGGCCACCAUAUUGGAGCCCGCUGUGUCCAGGACGACCCUCUGAUCAUGUUGGCUAUGAACUCCGCAAAGAUUGCUAGUGAUGCUCUGUACAAGAAGGACUUCAACAAGUCCAAGACCAAGUUCCACCUGCCAGUGGACAUGCUGAACCUUGAGUUGGCCAAGAAAUGCCAGAUCCAAGUCAAUGACUUCAACUACAGGACUCACCUGCACCAGUGGACUUGCCUGCCAGACUCCAACGAUGUAGUCCAGGCUAGAAAGGCCUAUGAUCUCCAGAGUGAUGUAGGUUUUUCUUUGGGUUGAUCCAAAAUAUAGUAUAUUUCAAGUGUAUGAUCACUCUCCUGUUGUGCCUAUUGACUCUGAUUUGUAAUGUCAGCGGAAGAAGUUAACAAAUUUUGCCCAUUUCAUCUCCUCAGGCUGUGUACAAAGCUGAUCUCGAGUGGCUCCGUGGAUGUGGAUGGAUGCCACAUGAGUGUGUUGAUGUAAUGAAGGUCAGAAAUGCACAGAAGGCUCUGGCUGAAGUAAGUGUUUCUCCAAUUUGACAUCUAUUUACACUAUCACAAAGAUAAAUAUGUAACAUCUUUGUAAGUAAUGUUUUGCGUUUGCCCACGUAACCCUUGUUUUGUUUCACAGAGAGGCUACCGUGUGAAGUUGGAUGAGCAGAAGUAUAUUGUUCCUACUGACAGAGUCGACCUGAUCUGUGCUAAGAAUGCUGCUGACGUCCUCAAUGAGGUGAGUACAGCUCAGGGUGACUAUCAACAUAACAACAAAAAAGUGGCAAAGGUAGAUUUCAGGUUUGUUGGUAACUGAGUUUAAAUUUCUUUCUGUCCUCAGGCCAAAUACCGUCAGGCCUGGCACCAGGACAAGACCAAGUACACAUUGGUGGACACUCCAGUUCUUGCUACAGCCAGAGAGGUGGCCAAGAACGUUCACCCGGUAAGAAGAAAUCUAAAAGGAAGGUUGUUUUAUUGUUUUUUUGUUUCAGCUAAUCAUCAACCAUAUCUACUUCUAUUCCUUGUAGCAACUGUACACCAAAGCCUGGGACAAGGCCAAAGCAACUGGAUACUUCAUGCCUGGAGAUGCUGUUCCAAUCAAGCAGUGCAUCAGUAACUCUAAAGUGCAGAGUAUGGUGAGUAAGGAAAUUGUGCUGCCUCUAUUUUACACAAUACAAACAUUUAUUGAGCCCUUUAAUGCCUGAAACCACAAAUUAUGGCCAGUAAAUUCAAUUUUUUUUGGAGCUGAAAUGUUUAUUUCACUUACUACUGAAAAAAAAAAAAAAUAAAUGUCCUUAAAAUUUAACAAAUAUAUGUAUUUAUCUUGUUUGAUACAUUAGAUGUUUUUGGAAACUGAUAAACCACAAGAGAACAUUUUUAUCAUUUAUCAGACUGUAUUCAGGUGUUUUUUUUAGUAAUUUGUUGCUCAUAUUUAUUUGAUAGAAGUAUCAUAAAAGUAUGUAUCAAAUAAGAUACAAAAGGCAUUAAAGGGUUAAAUUUUGAAUUCAUCCAUACACUUUACAAAACGGUGACCAUUCUUUUUGUGUGCCAUGCAGUACAAGUACCUGGCGUCAUACCGCAAGCAGGUCGGCCACCACAUCGGUGCCCGCUGCGUGGAGGACGAUCCUCUGAUGAUGCUGGCUGUGAACUCCGCCAAGAUUGCUAGUGAUGCUCUGUACAAGAAGGACUUCAACAAGUCCAAGACCAAGUUCAACCUGCCUGUUGACAUGCUGCAGUUUGAACUGGCUAAGAAAUGCCAGAUUCAGGUCAAUGACGACAACUACAGAACCCGCCUGCACCAGUGGACCUGCAUGCCAGACUCCAAUGACGUCAUCCAGGCUCGCAAGGCCUAUGAUCUGCAGAGUGACGUGAGUGUCCAUCAUACCCACCGUAAACCUUCCUCAUUUAUUCUUACAUAUCAUCCAAAAAUUGUCCAAAUUCUUUAACAUGUACCCUGUUUUUUUUCCCAAGGUUGUGUACAAGGCAGAUCUUGAAUGGCUCCGUGGCUGCGGCUGGGUAGCAGCUGACUCCGUUGACCACGUCAAGGUCAAGAAGGCCCAGAAAAUUCUCAACGAAGUAUGUCAGCUUUGCCACAUUUGGUCUUUUUAGCACAUUUCUCCACCUUUUUGUGUCUGUUUUUUUGUCUCACUGAGGUGCUUUAAUAUUACUUGCAGAGAAUGUACAAGAAGGAUGCCCAAGAAUGUUUCGGAAAAUUCACCCUGGUCGUGGACCGCCCUGAGCUUAUCUUGGCCAGAAUUAACGCUGCCAACCUCAGUGAUGUAUGUAAAAAUUUAACUCUUAAGCCAAAUCUGAAAAUAAAUCAUUCCAAUCAAUAAACUAAUCCAAAUUCUGCUGUCCUCCUUCUGUAGCUGAAGUACAAAGAGACAUUCAACGCAGAGAAGGGUAUUUACAUCGGUUCAGAGGACACUCCUCAGCUGGCCCACAGCAGGGAGGUUUCCAAGAUAGUCAGCGAGGUAACAAAGAAUAUCCGUCUGAUUCAUCAGUUUUUCUCCUUGUUUAUGAUUUUCUUUUAUUGAAGUAAUGGAAUUAUAUUUUCUUGAACUUUUUUGUCUGCUUUGUGUGAUUGCAGAAACUUUACAAACAAGGCUGGGACGACUCAAAGGCCACAAGCUACCAGCUGAACCAUGAAUACAUCCCACUUGUCAGCUGCAAGAAGAGCAGGGACAUUGCUAGUGAUGUGAGUGUGUCGAAGUUCUUGAAAGAAAUCCACUCUGAUAAGGCUAGAGGUCAUUUAAUCAUUGUGUCUUCUAACAUAUAGACAAAUCUGAGAGUCUUUUUUAAUUGUUUCUUCUAGGUCAAGUACAAGGAUAUGCAUGAGAAGGCCAAGGGUCACUACAUGGCUGGAACUCUGGUGGACUUCCCAGAGGUGAUGCGCUUAGGAGACCAAGAGAAGAACAAGGGACUGGUGAGUAAUCAGUUACAGUAUUGUCCAUUCUGUCCAUAAAAAACUGGAAGUCUCUAGAAAUUUUGCAAGACCAAAUGAAAGCAAAACCAGAACUAGUAAAAACUAAAACAAGCGCUGCACGCAGUUCAAUAUGUAAUGUUAUUUUUGUAAAUAUUUGCAUUAAAAUUCCCCUAGAAAGAAAAGUUUUUAUCUUGUGGAAAUAGUGAGUAAGAAGAUGAUAAGCUGUUGUUACAAGACAGCUCUAGAGGUCAAAUGUAGGAGCCAAAUUCAGGCUGGCUCAACUGAUAUAAGUGAUUAGACCAAAAAACACAAUCAUCUAUCCUUUGCAUGUCUUUUUUUUAGUGCUUAUACAAUACAUAAAAACAUCCGAUGAACAGGUUCUGGUUGGUACAGGCAUACAGUGUUGAGUUUAUAAAAGAGAGGGUUACAUUUGAAAGAGCUGAAAGUAAAAUUCUUCCAGUUUUUCCUUGUUUUUCUCAAUAACAGUGUGAGUAACCAUGCCACUAACUUUUACCCCCCUGCAUGCAUUUCUUGACAGAGACUGUACCAUAAGGACUACCAUCAUACCAAGACCAAAACCCACAUCCCACCUGACAUCAUCGCCAACAAGGUGGCCAAGCGUUGCCAGGACAUGCUGAGUGAUGUCAUCUAUCGUACCUACCUGCACCAGUGGACCUGCCAUCCUGAGCAGGAGGACGCCAUUCGUGCCCGCAAGACCAAUGAGAUCCUUAGCGAUGUAAGUCCUGAUAUCAAGUUUUUCUGAGCUAUAUGUACAGGCAGUGAACUCAAUACAGGUUUUUAAUGAAAAACAGUGAGUUAUUAUAAAGAAUUAAAAAAAGGUUUGAGUAUUAAAAGUCUUGUAAUAAUGGCAGUUUGGCCUCUAUGGGAAGUUCGUAUGAAGAAAACAGUUUGCAAAUAAACGCAAAGGCCCAAAAAGAAUUACAAAAUGACAAAUCUUAAUUGUAAAGAGACUAGAAAGCAAGUCAAGAACAUAAAAAUCAAUACUAUCUUCUGUAUAAAGCAAGUGGUUGUACAAAAACCCAGAUGUUCUCCUGGUUAGCAGACAUAUACAGUAAUUUUUUCUGUUCCUGUCAUGUAACAGGUGUACUACAAGGAUGACCUGAACUGGAUGAAGGGUAUCGGUUGCUACGUCUGGGACACACCAGAGAUUUUGCGUGCCAAGAAGGCCUACGAGCUGCAGAGUGAUGUGAGUAACAACAAGAAAGAUCACAGAGCUGACACACAUGAUGCAACCUUCAACUGUAAUAAAUGACCCUUUUUUAUCUCCCCUCACAGCUGAAAUACAGAGAUGAAGCCAAGAAGGAGUUCAACAAUUACUCCAUCGUGACAGACACCCCUGUGUAUGUGACUGCUAUCCUUGGUAGCACAUGGGCCAGUGAUGUAAGUGAACCUCUUCAAAACCAUGACUUCUGUUUGAUUUUAAAAUGGACAUAUGAUUAAGGUCUUUAAUUUUGAUCUUCUUAUGAUCAGCUCACCUACAGAGAAGCUUACCAUAAAGAGAAGCACAUGUACACCACUGUUCUGGAUACCUAUGACUAUGCCAGAUGCCACAACUUCAAGCACUUCUUCAGCAACGUAAGUGAAGAUCAACUUAAACUGAGAUUAGAAAUGUUGUAAAUUUCACAUUCAUGGGUAAGUUUGUGAUGAUAAUGUGAUUUUUUUAAUUGCAGAAAAACUACACUGCUGCCUGGGACAAAAUCAAAGCCAAGAGCUACCAGAUACCACAUGACUCCCACCCCCUGGUACACGCCAAGCAUCAGAAGAUCGUUUUGAGCAAUGUAAGUGCCGGCUUUUAUAAACUCAUUUGAUUUUUUUGUGCAUAACUUUGAUUGCUAUGUUCAGGAAACUGAGUAUCUGGAUGAUUUUUCCCUUUAGGUCAAGUACAAGGAGGAUUAUGAGAAGUUCAAAUCCCUCUACAGUCUGCCCAAGUCUCUUGAAGAUGAUCCUGCCACCGCUCGCUGUGUCAAAGUCGGAAAACUGGUCCUAGACGUGAGUUUAAGCUACAAGUUUGAACAAAAAACACAAAAGAUUAUCCAACUUUGUCGACUUGUUUAGCACAAACUGCAAGAACUGAGAGCAAACAAGAGAGUUAGAAUCUGUUGUCCAUCAUUACAGCGUCUGUACAAGGAGAACUAUGAGAAGACCAAGGCCAAGAACCACAUCCCACCUGACAUGCUGGAGAUCCUGUCUGCAAGCAAAACCCAGUCCACUGUCAGCGGUAUCAACUACCGCAAGUAUCUGCACCAGUGGAUCUGCCUCCCUGACAUGCAGGUGUACGUUCAGGCCCGCAAAGUGAACGAGCAGCUCAGCGAUGUGAGUAUCUGCAAAGUUUAACACUUUCUGCUUGUCAUUGUGUAUUUAUCCAUGUGUGUAUUAAGUCAGCUGUUCAGGAUAGCCAACAAUUACAGUUACUUCACUCUGGUAACAUCCUCCUUUCACAUUGUCCUGUAUCAUAACUAGACAUAAAGGUAAAAUGUGAAAAAAUGAAAUCAUUUAGUGAAAUCUAACAGCCAGAGUUUAGAUUUCACUAAAUGCUUCCUUGCUCACCCCUCUUACCAGUGAAAAAAACAGUGGCCUUGGAGGACAAAAAGCUCCCAUUAUGAAUGAUAUCUUUCAAGUUUAAACGGAGAAAAUUCAUUAAUACAAUACAAUACAAUAGCAGGUUUAUGUAAAGUUAACAAAAAUAAAUCAGUUUUCAUGUUCAGGUGAUCAUGCACUGAUUUCAACAUACUUACAGAAACUGUAUUUCCAUUUAUAUCAAGUCUGCUCUGCAAGAUGCAGCCAUUUACUACACACUGCACCUUAAAAAUCACAGCAUCAGAUUCAGAGUUUAUAUUACUUUUAAAAAGUACAAGGGAAAAAAAACGAAAAACAUAUUGAGCCCUUGAAAAAGUACACAUUUACUUGUUUUAGAGCGUUCAGAGUUUGUUUUUUAGAGUUUAAAUUUGGUGUGAAAAAGAUGCAACUGUAAACCAAGUUCUGUUCAAAUACAUCUGCAAAAAUCACUCAACUUGUGUCUUUUAAUGUUGGUUCCUUUCAGAUCUUCUACAAGGAUGACCUGAACUGGCUGAAGGGCAUUGGCUGCUACGCCUGGGACACACCAGAGAUCCUCCGUGUCAAGAAUGCUGGUAAUCUGCAGAGUGAGGUUAGUCCACUUUUUACCCUCCAUUCCAGCUUCUCCUAUUCAUCAUGCUAUUGUUUAAUUUCAAUAUAUAUAACUCUAUGUUGUAUCUUUAAUCGUAAUCCAUUUAUAACAAAUGCUGAUUUCUUUGUUCAAUUGUCUCACUCCAGCACAAGUACAGAGCCAAAGGUAUUGAAAGUUUCAAGGACUAUUCAGUGGUGACGGACACCCCAGUGUACGAGACAGCCAAGAAGAACGCCGAGAACCUGAGUGACGUAAGUCAUACACCUUCAUUUAUUGCUUUAUCUCUGUUUUUAUUCCAUUAUGUUACAGAAACAUCCUGACCUUUACAAUAAAUUAUUUUUCUCCUUUUCUUCAGCUGCACUAUCGCUAUGACUACAACGCUAACAUCAAGGGCACCAACACUGCUCCUGCUGUUACCAUCGAGACAGAGAGGGCUCGUCUGGCCAGCUACAUCCAGAGUAAUGUAAGGAAAAGGAUUUUCAUGUUUCACAGUAUAUUCACUUUGAUUGUAGUUUAACAAACUCUAGAGGAAUAGAAUGAGCAUAUUAUAUUUUUAAAGAUACCAAAAGUGUGCCAUGACUGUGGUUUAUUAGGUUGUCAGAUACACCCCAGUUUUAUUUGUCAAAGAACUUUUUUGGGAAGAUUAUUACACACAUCCCACAAAUAUAUGAAAAACAUUGACAUGUUUAGCUCUAAGUAUUAAAAUCUAAAGUGGUCUUUCAGGGUUUAAAGCGCAACAAUAUCAUCAGUAUUAAGGACUCAUAAACUGGUAUCCCAAAUCUGAUAAAAAAGCAGGUUAAACAUCUGCAAAAUGGAUAAAAUUCUAAUUUUUGGAUCAUUUUGUUGCCUUUACAUGUUUGACCUUGUUCUCCUCAGUCAGAAUUUUUCUCUUUCAGUAUUUUUAACUCAUGUCCCUGCUAAAUGCCUCCUGAUUCACCCAUAUUGUCUCUGCUCUCCCUUCAGAGCUGGUACACGGAAGCCAACAAGAACUUCAUGCCCACCGGUUACUCCCUGCCCCACGAUACCCCGCUCAUCAAGCAGGCCAAGAAGAACAGCGUCAUCACCAGCAAUGUCAGUAUUUUUACCAUUUUUUCGUCAUCAGAUUAAACUAUUCAUUUAGCCAUAGAUAACAAUCUUGACUUAUUAUCUGACUUCAAUAGGUGAAGUAUAAGGAGCUCUACGAGAUGACAAAGGCUAAGACCUACACUCUUCAUCCUGAGGGUGUCAACUUCGUCAUUGCCAGAAAGGCUAACAAGAUCACCAAUGAGGUAAGAUGAGACACAGCUGAUUGUGCAGACAUGAUGUAUAUUUUUACCUUCUGAAACUAUAAACAAAUCUGUAUUUUCCUUUCCUUCAGCGUCUGUAUCGGGAGACUUACCACAAGCAGAAGGACAAGAUCCACACAACCUACGACACCCCUGAGAUCAAACAAGUCAAGAAGAACCAGGAGAACCUCAGCGAUGUACAAAACCAUUUCACACGACUCGAGACAUCAUUUCAUCGGAUUUUAUACGCCAAGUUUGAAAAGUACGCUUUUUUAUCCCAACUUUUGUCUUCUUCUUUUCCAGCUGUGCUACAAAGAGAAAUACUACAACAACAGAGGCCAGUUGAUUUCAUUGCCCAUCACACCCCAGCUGAUGCACUGCUACCAUGUCAAUGAGAUAACCAGUGAGGUACGUGUAAAACAGUGACAGUUAUUAGAAGUAUUUGUUUUGUUCACUCAUGCUGGUCUGUUAACACCAUUUGACUCGUAACAAAUAUAAAAAAGUAGAGUUUAACUAUUAUGUGUCUGUAGCUGAAAUACAAAGAGGAUCUGACAUGGCUGAGAGGUAUCGGCUGCUUCUUGUAUGACACCCCUGAGAUGAUCCGCAUCCGCAACAUCACCAAGCAGAGGGUAUGUGUUUCACUUGAUAUUCAAUCCUCUAUCACAGUAAAUAUUUCAAUCAUUUUCCAGCAGUUGCAUUUCAAUAAUUCUAAUGUUUUAUUUUUUUUCACAUCUCUAGGUCGACUAUCCAGUUGAGGCAAAGAAGAACUAUGCCAACUUCUCUGUGGUCCUGGACACACCCGAGUACAAGCGUGUGACUGAGCUGAAGUCCCACAUGAGCAUGGUGAGCCUCCUCAAAAAAACAUUAUCACAUUUCACAUUAUCGCAUUGUUAGAUAUCAACGGUGGCGUCAGUUCCGUAGUGUUUAAUCAAUGACUCUUGAUGCUAUUCUGACUGUUUUCCCUCUGCACUUCCAGAUGCUCUACAAAUCUCAAAGCAAGGAGGAGAUGUCUAAAGUCUCCACGACCGUGGACUCCGUGGACAUCAUGAGGGCCAAAUGGGCUCAACAGCUGACCAACAUUGCAAGUUCAUCACAGAUUGAAUAAUUUUCACAAGAUUUUUAAAGUUUUUCAUGUUGAUCUAAUUGUUGUUGUUUUUUCUUUCUUUCUGCAGUUCCAGUACAAAGACCUGGCUUCAAAGGAGAGGGCUCAUUUCACUCAAGAACCUGAAACUCCCAUCAUGGGUCAUACCAGGAAAAUGAAAGUGAUCCAGAGUGGUGUAAGUUUUGCACUUCCUCAUUGCUCAGUGAUGAUCUGAGGGUGGUUACUGGCGAAACAAAUUACACUUAAAUACUCAGAAUAUGUGACAUUAGUCGUCUUACCCUCUUCUUCUUUCCCCAGAACAAAUACAGGGAGCAGUAUGACAGGAUGAAGCACAGAUACACCGCUAUUGCUGAUACACCACUCCUGAUCCGUGCCAAGAAAUCCUACCUCCAGUCCAGUGAUGUGAGUAAUUGCACUGUCUAAAAAUGUCGUUCAUACCAGAGCUGUGACACAAAAAGAAGCGCAGGUUAAUUUAUUUGUAGUUUCCACAUUCCAUUGAGUAAUAAAUCUGUGUUUAAUGUUAAGGAUAUUUUUGUUGAUAUCUUAGACAGUGUUUCUCAGAUAAUUUCCAGGCUGUUACUUCAAAUACAAUCUGUGUUAAAAAACAUGAAAAGCUUUUGAUAACACUCGGUUUUCAGGUCCUUAAGCAUUUAAUAAUUAAUAAACCACUUAAAUGACCUUAAAUAAUGCUUUUGACAUUUAUAGGUGUUAAUACAUGGCUAUAAAAGUGUAAUAAACACAUUUAAUUUUGCUUAUAUUACACUUAUAGGCUCUCUUGUUACUUGAAUAUACCUGCCACAAAACUCAAUACAAUGUUUGUGGACAUUAAAUAGACUUUAUUAGGGUUCAUUUCAGAUUGGUUAAUAUAUUUAUUAUUUGCUUGUUCCCACUUUGAAUUUAGUAGCAGCAAAAUUAACGAAUUGUUAAAUAGAUUACAGUCAUUGCAUAUACUGGAGCUUAUAUAAAAUUCUAAAUGUUAGUUAUAGUUGAAAUAAACCCUCAUAGUUAAACUAUUGUCUAUAAACAUCAUAUUACAUGUUAAGACUAUAAAUAUUGUAAUCUAAGUUCCCUGCAAAUGUGUUCAAACAAAUUGAUAGAUAUGUUGUUUAUCUUUAAUUGAGCCUUAUAAAGUCUAAUUAAUAUGAAUAAGUAUCUUAUUGAUGUGUUUGACAAGUAGAUGAGCUGUAAACAAAAAUGUAAGGAGAACCUUUUAAGAAUAUUACAAGUGAUAAUAGUUGUGUUAUUACACUUCGUCAACAGUUAUUAACACUUAUUCAUGUUUACAGGCAUUUUACAAGGUCUCAUAAGUCUUUUUAUUAACAGUUUUAUUAACAGAUAUUGUCAAUUAACAGUUAUCAUGAACUAAAAAAUCUAUGAUCCUUGGACACUGGGUAAAGUCUCUAUAUUUGAUGUUUUAUCAAUCAUAUUGCUAAAUUCUGCUCAGUGCAGAGAUAAGGGGUAUGUGUUUGUGUAAUGAUAACAAAUAGAGGUGGGAUGGACUCUAUAUAAUUGUGUGACACAUUUUGUUCUCUGUUCAUUUAGCUGCGUUACAAAGAGACCUUUGAGCUCUCCAAGGGACACUACCACACCGUCAAGGAUGCUCUGAACAUCGUCUACCAUCGCAGAGUCACUGACGACAUCAGCGAGGUGAGAAAGGAGCUGCUGGAUUGUUUACAAUUAACUUAUUUUUGUGUUUAUUUAAUUCAUAUUUACACAUAAAGCCAUUUUUCAUGUUGCAAUACUAUCACUCACACUUGUUUUCCUCCAUAUCUCUAUCACAGGUCAAAUACAGGGAGAAGUACAUCAGCACUCUUGGCACAUGGAAGUCCAUCCCUGACCGUCCUGAGUUGUUCUUCAACAGAAUUGUCAAUGAUAACGUCAGCAACGUGAGUGCUCUUCAUUGCAUUCAAGAAUCCCUUUCUUCAAAUAUAGACUAAAGGAGGAGAAGUAUCACCGACAAACCAUUGAUAAAUUUGACUGAAUCGCUUUCAUGUCUCUUUAGGUCAAGUACAAGGAGGACCUGGAGUGGCUGAGGGGUCUUGGCUGCUUUGUUUGGGACACACCUGAGCUGGUGACAGCUGAGAGGAACAAGAAGCUCUACAGUGAGGUACAGGAUCUGCGAAGCUUAUACACCAUUUUGUUUUUACCUUUUACUUUAUAAGUUUGACUCCUCAUGUAGUAAAUAGUGCUUCAUGUAUUCACUGUCUCAUUACAAGUUUAAACUUUAAUCUGCUCCUAUCAUUAAAUCUAAAUUAUGACUUCUAGCAGUCAAAUCUUCUUUAAUCUAGUUUAAUUUUUUCUAACAUGUUUUAAUACAAGCUCAAUUUCUUGUUAACAGAGACUGUACAAAGCUUCCUUUGAGAAGAACAGAGGCAACUUCAAGUAUACCUGCGACUCACCGUUCUUCGAGGCUGCCAAGCAUGCGUCCAAUCUCAUCAAUGAUGUGAGUCCCUCCAUUCUUUUACCAAAACAGUGAUAAUUCAUUUGAUUUUUAGUAAAAGCACAUUUUUUUCCUACAUAUUUGCAAAAUAGGCUGUUAAAUUGUCAAUUAAAUUUCUGUCUUUGUGGAUUUUUAUCACAGUUUGAAGGUAAAAGAGUGUACAUUUGAUUUUCCCUGUGAAUAUUUCUGAUCUGUUUUUUUUCCAUGACACCAGAAAUACCAGAUUUGUUUUGUUUUUUUCAUCAACUUGUUAAAAUCCUUCCUUUUUCCCCUCCUCUAUGAGUCCCAUCACAUUUUAGUGCAAAUUGUUGUCCGGACAUUUGUCUUUAACUACUUUUUGACAUUCUGAGCAGAGGAUGUACAGAGCUAAUUAUGAGAAGACCAAGGAUAAGUUCACCAUUACCACAGAGGAUCCUAGGUACCAACUGGCCAGAGAGAACAGAAAGAUGAGCCAGGUAAACGUCCUGGUCGUGCUGUACGGCCGGUCUGCAUCAUCCGCUGCAACCUCCACGUCAGGCCGCUAGACCUCUGACUCUAAGUGCAUGAGGUCGCUGAUGGAUAGUCGUCGUUGCAUGUCUGUGACAGCUCAACCAGCGAGAAAACGCUCUUUAAAUCUGUUCGUCCCCUUUCCUUCUUUUUCGUCCAGCACAGGCUGUUGAAACAGUCGCUCAAGUAGCCGCAGAAACUCUAUGUUGAGUGAGUGAGGCUCACCUUUAUCUGUGCAGCUAGAGGGCAGUGAAAACACUCAUUUACUGAGUUAGCUAAUUGUUCAAACAUGACAACAUUACAGUUGAUCAUUUCUGUCAAUCUGAAAGCACAGAUGAGGACAAACACUUUCGCGGUCACCCUCGGACCUCUGGAGUUCUCCUCCAGUCCUCCUAGUGUCACCACUCUUUCUCACAUAUCCUUGGCAUGCUGUGUGUGUUUGUGUGUGUGUGUGUAUUUGUCGUUUUGUGUGAGCAGAAAAGGUAUACAUCCACAGCAAAGAAUCUCCUAAGGAUUGGCUGCAAUGAGCUCCGCCGUCCUGAAAUCCUCACAGCGCUUUACUCCACCACUAUGGGCAGUAAGGUAAACAUAGACAAAGAGUGCUGAACCAUGGUAACUCUCAUCCUUGUCCAUAAACAAGCAGAGAGUUUUAGUUAACCACUUACCCUACAUUUAUGUCCCCAACAUCAGUGUGCUCUAAAGAAAAAAUUCACUUUUCUAAAGAGCAACUUCCUAACUCAGAUCACAUCAUCAGCGUUGGACAUAAAUGCAAUGUUAAACUCUUAAAGGUUACUUGGUUCCUCUCUGCUGUUUCUAUAAAAGGUCUAAUCCCAUGAAAUGUUCUUCAUGUCUAAACUCCUCCUCUUCAUCCUGCUAAUUUUUUAACUUCUAAUGGAGUUUUAACUUCCAUCAUUCCUCCAUCCUUAUUCAUGUUUAAUCCCUUCAUCACUUCUCAUCAGUCACCCAUCACCCAUCUUUAAUUUCAUGCAGUGCAAAGCCGCCCGAUGGCCAGCAGACAUGAGCUAGCAAGGCGAGGGAACUGUACCAUUGAAGACUUUUGUCACCUUUAUUUGGGUUGAUAUCAUUAAAUGGUUUUAAUGAGUGGAUUCUAGUUUUCUUGUUAUUGUUUUUUUUUUGUGAUAAAGUCAAAGUUUUGUUGUUUUCUUCUCUUGAGUAUACCUAAUGUUACCUAAAAUCACUUAGUGUCAGAUACAGUGAGCACUUACAUGGACUGCUGGUCGCCAUGAACCACGUGGGCACUGCAGACUGUCAUGACUUAACCUCGGUAACACUUGUCUUCAUUUGCACUGAAAACUAACCCUCAUUACAUUUGUGCAUGUUGGAUCAGGCAUGAUUUCAUUAACACCAACCAACAUUUUAUUCAUAAGAUUCACUGUGAUUUUUUAAGAAAGUAGAAAAUUAAAUUAUAUAUUAAACAACUGUUGGACUUAUUGUGAUAGAAAACUGUCCAAGAAAAAAGUCAAUGAGAGAUUUUUAUAGAAUCAACUUUGAACGUUACACAGAUUUUUAGAUGUCAGUAAUUGAGGAUUUAGUUAUAAUUUAUUUCUCUUAUCUUACUCCAUACUGGUAAUUUAUUCUUUAUAUUGUCUUGGAUAGUUUUGUUUUUAGUUAGAUUACAUUCAUUAAAGUAAUGUUAGUCCAAAUUCACACAAAUAGCUGAAAAUAUGUUGUGAGUGCUUCUGACUUCCUUGUUUGUGCGUCAUCCUCCCUCAUCAGUGGAGGUACAGGGAGCAGUAUGAACGCGCCAAGGACAAGUUCACCUCUGUUCUGGAGACCCCCUGGUAUGAUGCUCACAGACGCAGCAAGAAAAUCGGCGAUGUGAGUUUUGUUUACACUUUUUGUUUUGAGCGGUCAAAGCAUUUCUUGACAUUUACCUUAUAUACAGAUGUCCUUAGAGCUGACUAUGUUGAUAAUCAUUCCUUAGAUCAUCUACAAGAUGGAGUACAACAAGACCAAGGCUAAGGCCUACACCUUGCCAUUUGAUACUCCACACCAGAAUCACAUGAAGAGGGUCAAGGAGAUCACCAGCAAUGUAAGUACCUGUUUGAGGCUGUUGUCCACAGAAACAUAGAAGGCCAAAAUACUACCAGAAUUGUUCUGAUUGAUUGUGUAUUUUUCACUCAUCCUGCAGCUGAAGUACAGAGAAGUUUAUGAGAAGUGCAAGGCUCAGAUUAACAUUGACCCUGAGGCUCAUGAGAUCCGUGCUGCCAAGGAGGCCUACAAGAACAUCACCAACGUAAGUGUCUUUUGAGAAUCACCGAUCGCUUUCUCUUCACUGAUGGAUCAAAGUUAAACAACUGUUUUUGUCUUUCAGCUCGACUACAAGAAGAAGUAUGAAGCCACUAAGUUUAAGUGGAUGUGGACCACAGACAGACCUGACUUCCUCAAUGCCGCCAAGAACACCCUGCAACAGAGUGAUGUGAGUUGAAGCUUCUUUAAAUAAGUGUUUUUUAUUUGUGUCCCCACGUCAUGUAAACACGCUGCUCUAACUUGGCUCCAUUUGUUUGACCCGCAGGUUGAGUACAAGUAUGACAAAGAGAUGUUGAAGGGCUGUGUGAUUCCUGUUGUUGAUGACAAGUUCACGCUCCUGGCUUUGAAGAACGCAGAGAUGGCCAGCAUUGUAAGUUUUCCUUUGCCUUUAAUACUAUCAAAAAUGAUAACGUUUAAAACUUUGUCUCUUAAUAUUGCAUCUGUGCCCUGCAGGUCAAGUACAAGGAGAAGUAUGAAAAGGCAAAGGGCCACUAUAUUCCAGUUAAGGACACUCCUCAGAUCCUCCACGCUCAGGCUGUGCGCACUCUGGCAUCAGAGGUGAGCAACAGUUUUUUAAUAUUAUUAAAGGUUCCUCCACAUGUUAAGAAGUGAAUAAAUAUGAUAUGAACAAGUACAUGAACAAGUAAUAAGUUCUUCAUUUUCUUGCUCAGAGCAAAUACAAGGAGGCCAGUAAGAAGGACAUGCAUGUCAGCUUAUUCACCGUCAUGCCGGAGACUCGUGACACCGCCCACAGCAGGCAGAUCAACAAGCUCGUCAGCGGGGUACGACCCUCUUUUUUUCACAUUAUGAAUUCAACCAUCUCAUAAAUCAUUUAAAGCUUUUCUGCAGCCGGCCUCUCUUGACAUUCCUGUCUCACUUUACAGAAAGUGUACAAAUCCAAGUUUGAGAAGGAGAAGGGCAAGUCAAUUUAUAACCAGAUGACUGUUCCACCUGAUGUGCAGCAUGCCAUGGACGUGGCCAAGACUCAGAGCAGCGUGAGUCAUCUUCACAAAUGUGUCUCUGUUAAUACUGUUAAUAAUGUUAUAAUCUCUACACUGUCAUACCUCCACAGCCUCACCAUUAUUUUUUGGUUUUGCUAAAGCUGAUUUCUCUCUUGUUUUUUGUUCAAUCCCACAGCUUUCCUACAAGAAGGAUGCCAAAGCCAACCUGUCCUACACUUCUGUGGUUGACCGUCCUGACAUAAGGAAGGCUACCCAGGCUGCCAAACUGAUUAGUGGGGUAAUCUGCAAAUACACGCUCAAAACCUACUGUUUCUACUAAACUCCGGAAAAUUCAGGAAGUGUUUACUCGCCUCAUUUCUGAUCACUCUGUAAGCCUUACAUGAAGAUUUUUACAUAUUAAAGUACUGUAUGUCCUGUAACUCAUCUGUAAAAGCUGGGGUGUUUAGAAAUGAGACUAUGAAGUGAUAUCUAAGGGUCAGUGUUAAGAUUGAAACGUUUCUCGCUCACUCCUUCUGUUGGCGAAGCUCAACACGCUUUGUUACGUACUUGUCUGUUCUGUACUAUAGAAAUAUGGCAGUGCAACAUACUGAACCUAUGAAAAUUACAAUACAUUUCUACCAAGUCUGUUGUGCUAAAUACCCAUAAAUACUAGACAUUGUACCUUCAUAUACGAGCUAAGAAGAACCACGAACAUGUCCUUUAAGCAUGGACCCUAUGAAAGAAUCAUUUCGCAAACAAUUUUACAAUUUGUUGGAAAGAAAAUUGUUCAAAUUUGUUGUGCUAACAACACAGCUUGACAAGGGAAAACAAACACAAUAGGAAAUAAAUUUAAAAAACAGUGAAGACCAACAAGAUAGUUUCCACACAGUCCAGAGGUUCUUGUUUCUCUUGUCUCCACAGAUCGGCUACCGUGACAAGGCCCGUGAGGAGGCCGCCCGUGGAGGUUCUCUGCGCCACCGCCCAGAUAUCGCUCUGGCCACUGAAGUGUCCAAGCUAACCAGCCAGGUACACUGAGCCCAAUCCUCCUCUCUCCUUUUUUGUGAUAAAAACCAAGAUGCUGGGACAUAAUAAUGCUGUUUUUCAACUGUUACUAUCCUCAGGAAAUGUUUCCCUUUUAUUUCCACAUACUACAUGAUGUGGCUAAAAUCAGGGAGUGGUAUACCAGAGCAUCAACACCAGAGAAGCUUCCAUGAUCUAAUAUCUUUAGACUUGUUUUGCUGCAGUAGAUGCUUAGCAGUAGUUCUGUAGAUCUAACUUUACAACUACCAGCUCAUUCAUACCAGCGCUUCCUCUGCCAUUCUGCAUUAUAAUCCAUGCCUUAAUCUCUGAAAGAAUAUAUCCAUGUUUAACUGCUCAUGUCAUUGCAUUUGUCUCACCCCAUUCUUAAUCCUGCCCUCUAUAUCUGUCCUUCUUUCCUUCACUCUCCUUACUCCUCACCUCUCUCCUCUCCUCAUCCUCCAUAAUCUCAAAGUCUGUGUGUUCUGAUCCAUCCAUCUCACUGCGCUUUGUAGGUGGAGGCCAAGCCCUCCUUCCAUGGAGCAGCUACCUUUGAUACCCCCCAGAUGCGCCACAUUAAGAAAAUGAGUGCCGUGACUAGUGAUGUAAGGAGGUUCACGCCCUGAAAGUGACGGGCUGUAAUUCUAUGUCUGUCUAAUUUGUUGAUCUGUUGACUGAACAGUUUAUACCUGACUUUACGAAGAGCUGAAACAUUUACACACAAGAUUCGAUUCAGUUUUAAAUCCUACUACACUGCAAUCAUGAUCUAGCAAGGCAUUGUGUGCACCCUCUGCUCAUUUGCUUGCUUCCCAAGCUUUUGCUCCUUGCUUGACAUAGGUGGGCAUAUGCUGCAUUAAUACAAAAAUGUAAAUACUGUUUUGUUUUUCUUUUUCUGUCAAUCAGUGUGUUAAUAUUUGAACAUGUGAUAUGAGAUUUCUAUUAUUUGAAUAUGAAGAAACAUGCAUCUGAAUGUUUAAACACAUCUAAAUCCAGCAGGUAAUGUGGUGUGGGUUUUUUUCUUUUCCUUUCGGGGAAUUUAAAUGUUAAGUUUAUACAUGCUACUUAUUUUUGCUGCUGGAUUUACAUGUGUCUGGUUUGGUAAGAAAAUGUGAUUUCUCUGUGUCGCCCACUUUAAAAGCUAAACAUUCUCUUCUCUCCCUCUGAAACCUGACCACGAUCAUACCGUCAUACCUCUACCAUAUAUAUCCUGUUAUAUAUAUGAAGUUCAUGUUUGUCCAUGUUGAUCACAGAAUGCUCUUGUACAUCGAGAAUCUGCUGUCUCACGUCACUUAAAAUGCAUCUUGAGGACGAGUCAGCACGAAAAGUCACCACAUCGUUAUAAGCUAAAUGUGCAUUGAGAGCUGAUGGAGUCAAAUUUAAAUGCAACAGCUCUAAGUUGCAGUUGCAUCUUCAAAGUGAAAGGAGGAAAAAUUUGGAAUGAAAAACAGAAAUGAGCGCUCGCCUUUAGUUAGAAUGAGAAAGGAGCUUUUAAAUGUCACUUAAGACUCUUUUAGAUGCAUUUUAUUGUUUGAUAAGAAUUCAUCGUAAUUGAAUCUGAUACUCUUGUAUGCAAGGAGAUAGAUCCAAGUAGAUCCUCUGAUGUUUAUUUUUAAAUGUGGUUUAUUAAAAUAGUUUAAAUACUUUUAGGAAUAUAGUUUAAAGUUGAAGAAUUCCUCCUUAAAACUUAAACCUGACUUAAAUGAAAAAUUGGUGUUUGGACCCAUGGACAGCUUUGAGGGAUUUUAGUUUCAGUGCAAAGUAAAUGGUAAAUUGAUGCAUGAAAAAUAACCACAUUAUGAGGGUGAAAUAUUCAAUGUCUUGUAUAAAAAGGGAUGUAAACUAAACUUGUAGAGCUAAUUCUCUGAUGCAAUGUAUCUCUCGAGAGCCAAUGUCACUCAUCCCUUUUUAUACAUCGUUUUAAAAAAGCACUGUGCUGUUCUUCACGUGUUUCCAGUGUGAGAUGGAGCCUGCCUUCUUGAAAAGCUAAAGCACAUGCUAACUUUGACAUUUACACCAUGCAAACAGGUGAAGUACAAGGAGAAGUUUGACAAGGAGGUGAAAGGAAAGAGACCACAAUAUGACCUGAAGGAAAGUAAGAUUUACAAGACUUAUAAGGAUGCCAACGAACUCGCUAGUGAGGUAUGUGCUCACAUUAAUCCAUGCUUUUUAUUGACAAGAGGACACUAUUCAAUUAGAAGGAUAUAUUACAAUAUAAUCAAUACUAUCUGCAGGUGAAGUACAAGGGUGACCUGAAGAAGAUCCACAAGCCUGUGACUGACAUGGCCGAGUCUCUGUCCAUGCAGCACAACCUGAGCACCAGCAAACUGUCCAGCCAAGUAAGACAUCAUCAUCAUCGUCAUCAUCAUCAUUAACCCUCUCAUAUUCUUACCCAGGAGGCCUCUGCCUUAGUGACCCGUCCAUCUGAGUUUCAUUUAAUGUCGCUGGUGUCAUGUGUUUCCAUGGUAACAAUCCACACAGUAGAGUUUAAUGGUUGUCUCACAGGUUUAUGCACUAAAAUCAUCAUCCCAACAUUCAUUAAUCUGUGACCUCAUCUGGUAGUGACCCUUACCCUUCUUACCCAUCACCCUUCAACCUUUGACCUUCUGUAACCUCCACUCCCAGGCUGGUUUAGUUUCAUUUAAUCACUCCCGCAGAGAUAAUUUUUAUCGAUAACCUCUUAACCAAAUUCUCCUUUUUUCCAUUGAUUCUGGAUCAUCCAUUUUUUCCCCGCCAUUUUUCACUCAUACCUUUUUUUGUUUUGUCAGCAUCUCAUAGUUUUAGAAUUGCUGAGUGCUGUUUCACACAGUUAUGACAGUAUUCUUAUUUCUAUCUGGAUUAAUCUCUUUUUUUAAUACUGUGUACUUUAAGGGCAUACACUUUUUUUUUCUGGUGUGUUGCUCUGAGCUGUCUUACUUGACUGGAAAUUCCCUCAUAGUACGUCUACAAGAAGAAAUUUGAGGAGAGUAAGGGUCACUACCAUAUGAUUCCUGACACACCAGAACAGAUCCAUCUUAAGGAGGCCUCUGAACUCCAGAGUAACGUAAGUGGUACAGACACCAGGGGGGGUCAAAAUACACCCCAAAACACCUCUGUGGGUUUCACAAGUUCACCACGACUUUCUUGUUCAACAAAUGUUUGUGAAAAAUCUGCAGAAAUUCUUAUUCUUAUUCUGUCUUUUAAUGAGUACAACACAGAUUUUGCAACAGAUAGCUUCAGUUUGUGUUGGAUGUUUCAGAUGUACGAAAUCUGGUAAUGCAAACUUUAGUCUGCAUUUGCAGUAAGAAGAGAUCAUUUCUCAGUAUGAAAGUAAAAAUAUUUUACAGUGAGACAAAAUUCAUCUUGAAAUUAUGUUUGUUGAGUUGCUGUCAUUUGUAAAGCGUGUUUUCUAUAUGUUAUGCAUUAUUCCAAAACAAGGCAGUGCGGACUUUCUCAUCUAUCUGCAUUUACAGACCCUUUCCAAAAAAUUUAUAAUAUCAUGGAAAAGUUUAUCUGUUUCCAUAUUUCCUUUCAAAACAUUAAACUUUCAUAGAUUAUGGAUUCAGGGCCCACAAUUUAAAUGAUUUCAAGUAUUUAUUUGUUUAUUUUAACAUAAUUUAUUAUACUUUUCUAUUUGCAUACUUAAAUGUGUGGAAACUUGUAUGAAAUGUGAAAUAACUUAAUUCUGAAAAUGAUAAUGCAAUAUAGCAUUUCCAAAACAAAACUUAGAUUCCCUAAAGACAUGGAAAUGCACUUUAACACAUCUGCCACAAAAAAUGAAUACACAUGUAACGUAAACCAAUAUGCUGUGAUAAUUAGUGUAUAGAGUUUAGAAAUAAGCUGUAUCACUUUGAUUUCUUUAUAAACUCUCAGUUGAAAACAGCUGACAUGACUUUCAAAUGGACUAUUCCAGGUGAAAUACAAGGAGAAGUAUGAGAGGGAGAAGGGUAAACCCAUGCUGGACUUUGAGACACCCACGUAUGUGACUGCUAAGGAGGCCCAGCACAUGCAGAGCCAGGUAGGCGCUGAGUCUGUCUGUCUCCUCUGUGUUGAAACUGCUAAAAAUGUAAAUCUCUUUUCAUGGCUCCUCUCUCAGCUGGAAGACUCUUCAGUGUCUGCUAACUUGUAUUGUCAUACUUCUUGCUUUCCACUGAUAUGCUUAAGCCUGUUACAUGUUCUGCUGUUGCAUACAGGACGUAUCAGAAGUUUUGAAAUGACCUUUUACAAUGUCUUCAAUGCCAGUUUAUUCAAUCAGGCCUGUGUUUUUAACAAAAACUAGUUUUUUAGGUUCAUUUUUUGAGGAUCUCUGUUAGAUUACACAGUCUCUCUUGCGGCUUUACAUUUUUUACUCAUAGCUAGCUGUGUCCAGAAAAGUGUAUGGCAGAAGGCACUGUAAAAUGUGUUGAAAAAAAUGGCACAUUUAGUAUUUUCGCUCUAUUAUUCUGUGUAUAUAUUAAGUUCAGACUCCUCCCUCUCACGCUGCAGAUGUGGGAAAGGUAUAGUAUUUAUUUAAGCACAUAGACAUAUCUAUCACAUUUAAUAAAAAAUGCAUUUUUUGUAAUAGUUGCAUGCAGCCUAUAUCAUAGGCUCUCAAAGCAUUUAGUUAAACUGAUUGAAAUAUACAGUAUUUUUAACACUUGAUCAGAGCUACAGAUUUCAAACACUAGAAUAACUUUAUCACAAAAAAACACCAUAUUUUACAAACACAUUCAUGCUUUUACACAAAAAUUAAACACUGUUAAGACUGCCGGUUCAGACCGGACUACGGUGCCAGCCAGGAGGAGGUAACUGCAUUAUGAAUCAGCUCUGCUUGCAUGUUAUUAUAUGUGCUCUGUCUGUCCCCUGUCUUAUCUUCACGGCUGAUAGAAAGACUAUAAGAAGGACUUUGAGGAGAACAUGAGGGGCAAGAACCUCUCAGGCUUGGAGGUCACCCCCGCCAUGAUUCAUGUCAGACACGCCACCAAAAUAGCCAGUGAGGUAAAGGAUAGUUUUUACCUGACAUCCCACCCUUUUACCUCACCCUUGAUUUAAUAUCAUACUAAGUAGAGCCUGACCGGUAGGGGCGAGGAAAAAUGAGAGAUUACUUAUUUGGCACUUAGGAUAGUUUACCUUUUUUUGCCUUUUUACUGGUUUUGUUAGCACUUAAAGUUUUUCAGAAAGCUGCAUUUUUAUACAGUGAAUUUUGAUAACAGAAUAUGUAACGUCAUACUGGGCAUUAUAAAGAUUUUGUAUAACAGUCAGCACCUAUACAACAACAGCUCUAUAACAGUUGUAGGCAGUAUGAGUAUUAUCCAUGUAUUGGUUGGGCUCUAUCACUAAGAUUACAUCAUACCCACUUUCUUUUGACCUCUCCUCCUUUAACUCUCUGGGUUUUUUCCUCUUGUAGGUAAACUCAUGCCAAUAAAUUAUAGUCCCUUUGCAUGUUUCUCAACACUACAGAGCCAUAAACUAUUAAUUCACCAACAUUCAUCCAUCUCCCUUUUCUCCGAACCUCUGACUUGUGGCAGAGUUGUUAAUAUUCUUUAUCCAUCCUGUGACAUUUUGAUCUCCUCAUUCCACAACCAGAAGAAAAAUUUUAUCUGUUAAAAUUCUGUCUUCUGUCUGCAUGUUGCUGUCAUGAUUUUGUGGUAAAAUGUUAAAUGGUGUUGUUGUUUGUUCUUUGUGAUAAAAUGACGUUUUCUUGUCUUUUAUCAGGAUUCUUGCCAAAGUCACCAAUGCCUCCACUCUCUCUGUAAAGUUUUGACUGACACUUACAGUCUUUUUGUUUCAACUACAAUCUUAUAAUCUAAAUUGGCCUCUCUUUCUGGAGACUUGGUGACUUUGAGCUCUAAGGGGCCAGUAUCAGAGCUUGCCCGCUGUACUGUCUGUCUUUAUGCUUUGUGUGGCCUGCCUGUGUGCCCUUCCUUGUCUGCAGUCUCUCUGUUCUUCUUCCAUCCUGUAGAGAGAGUACAGGAGGGAUCUAGAAGAGGGGGUGAAGGGUAAAGGGCUCACUGUACUGGAGGAAACUCCGGAGCUUUUGAGAGCAAGGAAUGCCACUCAGAUCCUGUGUGAGGUACGGCAGACUGGGAGGUGAUGGAGGCAGCAUCACAGCCUCGACCGUGUGCCUUCCCACAAUCCCACCAUCCUGCUCUUGGUGCACCAUCUGCUGAAACCUGUCCCCUUUACUAAGCUUCAUGAUCACACUAAAAGGGCAGCAGCUGUGUUUGACUUGUCCCCGCUUGAUGACAACACUAAUUUUCUGGCUCUCUCCUUUUUCCAAUGUUGUGUCAUGACUUUAUCCUUACCUCCACCCAGUUGAAUUUUCACUUAAUUUUACCUUCUACUUUUGUUCUUUUAAAAAUCUGAAAAUUGCUCAAAAAAAUCAACCUCAAUUGUUCAUUUGGUGACAAUUUUUUUAUUUAUUUAUUUUAUUUUAUUUUUAUUUUAUUUUAAUUUUUGGUUUUUAUUUAUUUAUUUAUAUAUUUAUAUUUUUUAUAUAAUUUUUUUUCUAGUAAAAUGGACGUUUGGUGUUUUCAGGAAUUUAUUUAGCAUUUGUUUAUGUUAAAAUUGUUUUGUUAAAACAAUUUUAACUCUGUUUUCUGUGCACUGAGAAGGCAGGGAGAGUAGCAGCAAAGACCAUGCUGACUCGAAAAGUCACUUUUUAAAUAAUUAAACCGUCAAUGAGAGCUCCCAGGAGUUCCGUUUUUUAGUAUGCUUCAUCAUUUUGGAUCCAACCCCCUGAGAGAUGUUCAUGUCUAGGUUUGAUUAUUUUACACAAAUCUUGGACCUACUUCAUUUUGGACAUAAACUCAUAAAAACCGUAAGAAAACUUGGUGUUAUUAAGCUGAGAUUUUUGUUUUGUUUUGUCAAGUUUGUGCUCCAGGUACUGUUGAAGUUGAUUUUUGGAGUGCAGGAGAGGGUUACUACUGAACAGUAACCAACUGAAAUAGUGUAUAGUUUAACACCUUUAACAAAAGGUCCUUAACCACUGUUGUUUUGGGAGUUUUGAAUGACAUUCACCUUCAUUUUAGUGUCCAGUUCCCUGUGUUCCUUUAAAACUCCUAAUUUCUUCUCUUAAAAAUAUUACCACUCCCAUGAGGCUUCAUUGGUUUGCAGCCCCAGCUGCCCCUGACAUGAAUGAUCAAAAAUUCUGUCCUAUCUGCUCAUCAUUUCUGCUGUUUCUAUAAAGCCAUAACUUCUACAUAACACUUUAUGGUCUGUAAUGUUUUCAGAGAGAGUACAAGAAGUCGCUGGAGCAGGAGAUUAAGGGCAAGGGAAUGUUGGCUUUGGCUACAGACACCCCAGACUUCAUGAGGGCCAGGAACGCUACUGACAUCCUCAGUCAGGUCUGGAAAUUGGUUUUGAGUGUGUGAGACAUUGUUGUAGUUAUGAUUUCAGUCUGUUUCUGUGCUGAGGGGAUUUUCUGUCCUUUAGACUAAGUACAAGCAGACCGCUGAGAUGGACAGGGCCAGCUACACGACCGUCAUCGACACCCCUGAUAUCAUCCAUGCUCAGCAGAUGAAGAACAUUGUCAGCCAGGUAAACUCCAGAACGGUGUCUCCGAAAAACCCUCUUCUUUUGUCUCUGAGGAGAGAUCUUUUCAUGAUUAAAAAUCCUGGUUUUCUUCAACAGAAAAAGUACAAAGAAGAGGCCGAGAAGACCAUGUCUCACUAUGUGCCGGUGCUCGACACUCCAGAGAUGCAGAGAGUCCGUGAGAACCAGAAGAACUUCAGCACUGUAAGUAAUGUGUUUGGAUUAGGACAGCAUGUCUACACGGUGGUAGAUUUUCAGAUGUAGACCUGCAUCUUUGACUUAAAACUGCCCUGUGUAUGUCUCUACGUCUUUUGUAAAGUAUUAUCCUGAAUACUUUGUUCUCUGGAUUGUAAGUGUAAUGCCUGCUCUUCUCUAAUGUAGCUGCCACUGUUGUAAAUGAAGCAUUUAAAUAUGUGAAAAAAAAGCUUCACACAAAUCUUGACAUGCAAGAAAGGCACCUCUUUUUGCUCAAAUGCCUUUUCUCUUUUCUGUUUUCCACCUUUUCAUAUCCUUCUAUUUAGUUAUUUGUUCAUGUGAAACAUUUUAACUGCACCUUUUGUUUUUCUCUCUGUAGCAUCAAUACCAGAUUGACCUUAAAAACAUAAAGGGCAAAGUGUCUGCCGUACAGGACACUCCUGAAAUUCUACGUGUUAAAGAGAAUACAAAGAAUAUCAGCUCGGUACCUACUCCUACCGACCUUUUUUCUUUAACAUUCUUAAAUAACACACCUUGUUUUCUAUUUUCUUUGACAUUUUGGUUUACUUUUUUAACUUUCUUCCCUCAUCUAUAACAAAUCCUGACAUGCAGCCUUUAUUUCUUUGGACCAAAUAGAUAAUAUUUUAUCCUUUGCAGCAUUUUAAUUCAUGCAACUAACUGUUGUUCUGUAGAGUAACAUGUGGAUUUGAUAGUGCAGAGCUUGUGUGUUGUUGUUGUUGUUGUUGUUGUUGUGUAUUUUGUGGUAAAAAAAAUGUGCAAGUGUCCAGAAAAGUGUGUCCCUUUAAAUGUUGUUGUUUAUGUUUGUUUUAAAUGUGUGUGUUUAUGUGUGUUUUGAGUUUGCAUCAAAGUUUAAUCAAGGAAAUGAAAUGAAUCUCGUCCUCGCUAUUGAAAAGUUAAAAGCAGGUUAACCUCUGGUUGCUGCUUUCAUUCCUGGUUCAUGUUAAGAUUCAGUACAAAGAGGAUUUGGGUGGAGGAACAGCUUUGCCGGAAACUCCCGAGAUGGAGAGAGUUAGACGCAACCAGCAGAACAUUAGCACGGUACUCCACAGAGUGACCCUGCCCUCCUUCAUCUCCUCCUCAACCUGCCUCUCUCCAACCUGAUCCCUCCUUACCUAAUCAUGUCCCCUACCAUAACUCCAAUGGUGCUUUACGUCACAUGGCAUAAUCUCUUAAAACGGUUGUUUUUAUUUCUGUUCUCCAGUUUUAUUUCAAUGAUAAGUUCAGCUAAUUGAUUUACUUAUUACAAGACUGAACGGAGCCCUCAAAGAUUCUGUUUUUGUUCAACUAUAAUAAUGUAGAAAAGUGGCUUUAAUGGAGAUGAUGCAGGGAGACAUCCAAACAGAGUGCACACCAUGCAUGGGCUCUAUUUGAGGAAGGGGUGUAUCCUCCUUCAUGCUGCUGUUUUGAAGACUAGAAUUUAGUACUUUUGUUGACACUAUCUUUAUUUUUUAGCUAGUAAAAAGACAAUAUUUGGAAAAUAGAGUGGAUUCAAAAGAGGUUAGUCAGUGAUUCCCUGUAGGGUUACGAUUUUUUGGGUUACGAUUUUUGUUGUUGUCACAAGCUUCAACUAUUAAAUUUCUGCCAUAAUAAUUGUACGAUUUAAAAAAAACUGUAAUGACUCACUUUGAAAGUAAGAUCCUUAUCUUAAAUUGACAGAGGCCUGGUAGGUCUUGUUUACAUUAUUUAACAAUCUGUAUCAUAAACUGAGACUUUGGGGGCUCUGUAGGAUUUUUGUCUCUUUUAUCAUAACUCAUUUUACAUGAAUUCAAAGAGGAAACUUAAUGGGGUAUCAUCGAUACCUAAGAUAAAAAAUAACACACCAAACUACCUCUGAGAUACUUGAUAAUCUGUUGUCUCAUAGUGUAUGUUCUUGUUGUUGUGAGUGGAUGGAGCUGUCAGUGUCUACAGUAUUUGUGCUUUUGUUUGUCUCUGUCUCACUCUGUAUCUAUGUGACUUAUGUAAUGGGCAGAUACAAUACAAGGACUCUGUGGGUCAAGGCACUGCCAUACCAGACCUGCCCGAGAUGAAGCGGGUCAAAGAUACCCAGAAGCAUAUCAGCUCGGUAGAGAAAGACUGCAGUGAUUUUGAUUUUAAUUUCAGAUUUUUCAUUUUCUUUCUCAUUAUAAUCUGCCGCAUUUAAUCUUUGAUUUAAUUAAUUUGAUGAAGUAAAAUCCAUUUUAAAAAGUACAAGAAGACAUUUCGAAACCUAACAUAUGAUGCGUUGACUGGACCACCGCUAAAAUCUAAGAAAACCUUCAUAAAAACUCUGUUAUUGUCAGCUGUACAAAGAAAAUUAUGUUGUUGUUGUUGUUGUUGUUUGUUGUUGUUUUUAUGAGUGGAUGGAUCUGUCAGUGUCUACAGUAUUUGUGCUUUUGUUUGUCUCUGUCUCACUCUGUAUCUGUGUGACUUAUGUAAUGGGCAGAUACAAUACAAGGACUCUGUGGGUCAAGGCACUGCCAUACCAGACCUGCCUGAGAUGAAGCGGGUCAAAGAUACCCAGAAGCAUAUCAGCUCGGUAGAGAAAGACUGCAGUGGUUUUAAUUUUAAUUCUGAUUUUUCAUUUUCUUUCUCAUUAUAAUCUGGUGCAUUUAAUCUCUGAUUUAAUCAAAUAAAUGAAGUAAAAUCCAUUUAAAAAAAAUACAAGAACACAUUUCAAAACCUAACUUAUGCUGAAUUGACUGAGCCACCACUAAAAUAUAAGAAAAUCAUCAGAGUAACACCCUGUUAUUGUCACCUGUACAAAGUAUAUGAUGUUAUUGUUGUUGUUGUUGUUGUUGUUGUUGUGAGUGGAUGGAGCUGUCAGUGUCUACAAUACUUGUUGUGCUUUUGUUUGUCUCUGUCUCACUCUGUAUCUGUGUGACUUAUGUAAUGGGCAGAUACAGUACAAGGACUCUGUUGGUCAGGGCACUGCCAUACCAGAUCUGCCUGAGAUGAAGCGAGUCAAAGAUACCCAGAAGCAUAUCAGCUCGGUAGAGACAAAACAGACUGCAGUGGUUUUAAUUUGUUCUAAUUUUUAAUUUUUCUGUCUUAUUGUAACCUUCUGCCUCUAACAUCUGAUUCAAUCAAAUUAAUGAAGUAAAUUCCAUUUAUAAAAAAAUACAAGAACACAUUUUCAAAUCUAACUUAUGUUGAAUUGAUUCAAACCGCCACUAAAACAUAAAAAAACCUUCAAAAUAACUGUUAUUGUCAGCUGUACAAAGUAUUUGAUGUUAUUGUUGUUGUUGUUGUUGUUGUGAGUGGAUGGAUCUGUCAGUGUCUACAGUAUUUGUUGUGCUUUUGUUUGUCUCUGUCUCACUCUGUAUCUGUGUGACUUAUGUAAUGGGCAGAUACAAUACAAGGACUCUGUGGGUCAAGGCACUGCCAUACCAGACCUGCCCGAGAUGAAGCGGGUCAAAGAAACCCAGAAGCAUAUCAGCUCGGUAGAGAAAAAACAGAUUGCAGUGGUUCUGAUUUUAUACCCUGUCAUAUCAUCUCCCAAAAUGCCCAUGACCUUUCCCUACUUGACUUCUCAGUCCCUGACCGUUUACAGUUGUGGUUUUACCUCCUCCAUCCUAACAAACCAUGGCUGAUGGUUUAAAUUUUCUUGUUCAGUUUUGUACAAAAUCAUAAUUCCCCUCAUUUCCCACCACCAGAUUAUCCCACAUGUACUGGAUUUUAUUCCCUAACUUUGGCCUUUUUCCCCUCUUCAGUUGGAAGCUAACCCCGGUUAAGUAUGUGUCACAAUAUUUUUUACUUUCUCCUGUCUCAAUUUAAAGAAUCUAUACAAGGAAGGAGUGGGACAAGGCACAUCCAUAUCAGAGACCCCUGAGAUGGAGAGAAUUAAACGCAACCAGCAAAAUAUCAGCACGGUACUCCACAGAGUGACCCUGCCCUCCUUCAUUUCCAUUUUCAACCAGUUUCCCCUCCAUAUUCCCCCCUUCUGUCUGAGACAAUAACCAGAUCUCUGAGCUCAUGUAACAAUCAUUCUUCCAGGAUUAUUUUGUCACUUAGACACAUUUUUUGAUUCGUUUUAAGAAGAUUUUGCAGAUGCCUUAAUGGCCUUCAGGUUUUUUUUUUUUUAAGGUGUACAUCUAAGCUUUGUUUCAAAGCACUUAAGUGUUGGUAUUUUCCAGAUCAUUUCAUAAAUGUGAAUCAAUCUUAAAGUUUUCAGUUGCCGUAAUUUGACGUUUCUUCUAUGGGCUUCAUUAACAGCUUCAUCCUUAGAAACACAUGGACUCCCAAACCACCUGCUGUUUAAUUUAUAUGACCUCAAGGUUAAAAUGCAGUAUGACAAUACAAUACAUGAAAUAACAAUAAGAUUCCCUAUUAUAUUAUUUAACGUUAUACUUUUACCCCCAUAUAUCCUUAGUUGCAAACAUUCAGUAGUUUUGACUGAAGAUUUAAUGUCUACAUCAUGUAAAACACCUGUUUCAUUUUUCUAUCUCAUUAUAAUAAUCUGCAUCUAAUCUCUGAUUUCAUCAAUUCAAUAAAAUGAAAUCCAUUUUUAUUUAUUCAAGUCAACAUUUCCAAAUCUAACUUAUGUUAAAUUGACUGAACCACCACUAAAAUAUGGAAAAUCAUCAAGGUAACAUCCUGUUAUUCUCAGCUGUACAAAACAUAUGAUAUUGUUGUUGUUGUUGUUGUGAGUGGAUGGAACUGUCAGUGUCUACAGUACUUGUUGCACUUUUGUUUGUCUCUGUGUCUAUGUGACUUAUGUAAUGGGCAGAUACAAUACAAGGACUCUGUGGGUCAAGGCACUGCCAUACCAGACCUGCCUGAGGUGAAGCGGGUCAAAGAUACCCAGAAGCAUAUCAGCUCGGUAGAGAAAAAAGACUGCUGUGGUUUUUGAUUUUAUACCCCUUUAAUACCCAAAAACCACCCUCUGAAGAUAAUAAUCAUCUUUAAGCUCUGGUUUUCCCUCCUCCACCCUAACUAAGCUUUCUUUACAAGCUUUGGUUCAUAACUUAUGAUUGAAACCAGAUUAUCACAGCAGCAUAAUUUUUCCAUUUCUACCUCCUUCACUGUUUUUUUUCUUCAAUUUUUAAUUCCUUUUUUUCUGAACCAAAAACUAACCUGAUUUUUUCCCUAAAUCAGACUUCAUUUUUCAUGGCUAUCUUAUUAUAAUUCCCAUUUUCCACCUUCUCUGUAAUAAAUCUAACUUCCCUUUGAGUGUGUUUUCUUCAUAUUUGACUUUUUAUGCUGUCCUGUUUAAAGCUUCAGUACAAGGCAGGAGUGGGACAAGGCACGUCAGUAUCAGAGACCCCCGAGAUGGAGCGAGUUAAACGCAAUCAGCUCAAUAUUAGCACGGUACUCCACAGAGUGAUUCACACAACCAUCCGCUCCUUUUCCUCACUCUUCAUCUCACCAAAAAAAAGCCUGUCAUAAUAACUAUCCUGAGGUUCCACCACCUGCUGAGAUGUCCGAAUAUAUCUGUGCUUAUCACAUCAAACCCAUCACGCAGAUUUAACACAAACAAGACUCUCGAGGGUCGAAUUAACCAGCUUUUUCAUUCCUCAGGAGAAAAGUGUGUGUUUUAAUUCUUGGUUUCAUUUCUGCCGUGAGUUUUGGUGCUGUGCCGUGUCUCUGCCGCCUUUUUAUAAACUGCCUCUGAUUAACUUGAUUCUCCUUAUUCCCUUCUACUCUUCUUUGCACAAUCUCAAACCAUCUGGUGAGUAGAUAAAAUACAAGGACCUUCCGGCUCGAAGCACAGCUAUUCCGGACCUUCCCGAGGUGCAGAGGGUCAAACAAACCCAGAGGCACAUCAGCUCGGUAGUGGAACAAAACCGAACCAUGUGUGGUCUUAACUGUUGAGCGUGGACAGUAGUACCCACUUUAAGCUUCUCAUACUGCUUCAUCCCCUCCCUCCUUCAUCAACCCUUGAUGAUUCCCUGAGCUCCAUCAUCACCGCUUCAACCCUAAUGCCGCCUUAAUUCCAUCCACGCUGCUCUCUCUUUUUUUGUUUUCUCCUCUUACUUUUUUAAGUCAUCUUUAAUCUUCAACCAUCAACCCCUAAAGCUGAAUUAAACUCCCCCUCUUUAGUGUGUGAUUGAUUCCCCAAUUUCUUUACACAGUACUGUUUAACCUGCUUUACUUCACAGCAAAUGACAAGCUAAAUCUUCUGCUGAAGCGUGAUGGGUGUGUUUUGUUUUUUUGUGUUUUAUUUUUCUUCUUGUGUGUUUCUACAACAGAGAUCCUGGCGGUUUUUUAUGGGAGCCACCAGGAUGAGUCACUCUAUAGGACCAAUUUCUCAGACGUUUAUCUCAAAAGCAAACCAAUCCUACUUUGACUGAGAGAAAUUUCCUUCUCUGAGAUUAUCCAAUCUUGGAAAUUCCCUAAAAUAUUCUUUCUGUCUGUAUCCUCUUAAGAUUUUGGAGUCUACGAAACCAGUCCUAUAGGUGUGUGGUCUGUGAACUGAUCAGUGUGUCUUACUGGCCCCUUUGGGUGCUGUGCUUCUGUCCUGUAGGUGUUGUAUAAAGACAGUUCAGCCAAAGGAACUCCUGUGGUGUUUACUCCUGAGAUGGAGCGAGUCAAAAGGAACCAAGAGAACAUUAGCUCGGUACCUCCAGAACCACGAGAAAUGUUCUACCUCUACCCUGGUUAACCCUUUCCUAACUGAGUUCUCCCCUGGCUGGAGUUAAUUGUAUUAAUUCACCCCUCUGCACUCUCUUUUUUAAAUGUUCUUAACACCACCAGCUGUGGUAUCAUCAUGCUAACCUCUCCUGUUGUCGAAACCGCUCCACCUCCCACCUGACUGAAGAUGUGGACGUAAUCUUGUUUGUUUUAAGUUCCUCUAAAUAGAAAUCCCUUCCCUGCUAAUUCAUUUGUCUGAAAUCCCAAUAAUAUCCCAGCUUCUUCUGUCGGCAGCUGUGUGUGCCCUCUUACCAUUACGCCACACCCUUUGUGCUGUGGAUGCUAACGGCUACUGUAUGAUGGCUUUAGAGUUUGACACGCAUCAGAAACUCACUGCUCUUCUUUAAACUCAACUCUUCACCAGGUGCUGUACUCUGACAGCUUCCGUAAGCAGGUCCAGGGCAAGGCCGCCUUCGUCCUGGACACACCCGAGAUGAGGCGCGUCAGGGAAACCCAGCGCAUCAUCUCUGGAGUAAGAUGUUAUGGUUAUCAUGCCACAGUGUAUUAACUCAAUUUAAUCUGUUAUUUUACACCCGAUGAAAAGAUGAACGGUAACUCUUUACAAUAACCAUGAUUUAUAAACGGUAAACAGAUCGUUUAUAAAUGUUUAAUCAUCAUUGAAAAACAGCAUAUAGACCAAUUUUAAAUGGCAAAUAGAUAGUUUAUUAAUGUAAGUUAAUAGUUACUUUACCAUUACAAGCAAUGAAAUUAUGAUUAAUAAUUAUCAUUAAUUAUUAAUGGACUAUUUAUUAAAGGUUUAUAUAGGGUUUACAUAUUGGUUGUAAAACAUCUAGAUUAAAAUGUGUGUCAGUAGCACUUUGUAAAUGGUUAAUAUUGGGUUUUUAAACCAUCUAUAAACAUUAAACUGAUGUUUGUAAUACUUUGUAAAUGAUGAUUAAAUAGUUUAUAACCAUCUAUAAACAUUACUUAGAUGAUUAUAGUAAAGUUAGAGUUAGGGUUAGGUUUCUUAAAUUGUAAAAUUUACAAUUUAUUAAUAGUCUAUAUGCUAUUUAUAAAUGAUGAUUGUAAAUUGAUAAACUAUCUGCUUACCAUGUAUAAAUGGUCUAUUUACCACUUAUAAGUUAUGGUUAUUGUAAAGUAUUACCAGAUUAAUGAUUGAAUGAAUGAAUGAAUGAAUGCCUUAUUUCGAAUAUGCAAUAAAGAAAACAGAGUAUAGGUAGUAACCAUACACAAACACAUACACAUUUAAUCCUACUCCUUUUAUCAGCAGUUCCUAUAGUGAUAUUUUAACUUUACAUAUUUAUACAUAGUCACACACUUAAUAUUCCACAUACAUAUAAUGCUUAAUUUCUGUACAUAUAAUCCAACUCUACUCAAACACUGAAGAGGACAUUACAUAACAAGAAAAUAUAUAUUUUAUAAGAUAAGAAAAAGGCGGGUGUAUGAAAACAAAGCCAUGGAGGGGCGCCUGUUCCAGCUCUACCUCCCCAUAUAUCCUCCUUUAUGUGAAAGAAGGGAGGAGAGAAAACAGAUGGAAGAAUCUGUCUUCUACCUUCCUUUUAUCUACCCAAUUUAAUCAUGAAAAAGGUAAAACAACAUUGUAAGCGUAUACAGGUGAGGUAGCACCAAAACAAGAGAGGAGAGUAAGGAGAGAGGAAACUACUCACCAACAAAGACGUACAUUGAUGAAUUCAGGAGUAACACCUCUAUAGUGGCUUCAAUCCUGAAACGAAACAGCUGUAUUCAUUCGUGGUCUGUGACCCCCCAGGUGAGAUACCACGAGGACUUUGAGAAGACCAAGGGCAGCUUCACCCCCACCACCUCUGACCCCGUGACAGAACGUGUCAAGAGGAACACUCAGGACUUCAGCGACAUCAGCUACCGCGGCAUCCAGAGACGCGUGGUGGAGAUGGAGAGGAGACGUGCCAUCGAGCAUGACCAGGAGACCAUCACUGGUACACUCAGAUGAUAAUUCAGAUCCUGUUAUUUUAUAAACUUAAUAAUCAAACCUCAAAGUUAGGCAUAAGUACAUAGAUUAUUCUCCGGUAUCAGACGCUUGGCUCACUCUGUAUUUGACACUCUGUCCUCAGAUCUGCGUGUGUGGCGCACAAACCCCGGUUCCGUGUUUGACUAUGAUCCUGCUGAGGACAACAUCCAGUCCAGGAGUCUGCACAUGAUGUCAGGUAAGGAAACUCAAAGGUCAGUCGUUCAGGGACGGGUCGCUGUGGAAGCUUUUGCCACUUUUAUUUUACUUUAACCGGGCAGAUAAUCAGACAAACAUUUACAGUAUCUUGCUGUAUUUUAUGAGACUUGAAACCAGCUGUUAAGACCAUAAUAGAUAAGGGAAAAUAUUCACUGAGGUCAUCAUUGAGAUGUUUUCUCAAGUCUGACUAUGAAAUUAAACAGUUUCCUACAAGCCGUGCCAAGUUUGAUGUUAAAAUGAUGUUUCUGUAAAAUCCUGAAUGACUGUAUCUGUUUCAUGUUUUCACAGUUCAAGCUCAGCGCCGCAGCAAGGAGCACUCCCGCUCCACCAGCGCCCUGAGCGGUCUUGCUGAUGAGAAGUCUGAGGUGUCUCAGGAUGCCGACCACCACCUGUCCCUCUACAGCAACGGCUUCAUGGCCUCCUCUAUGGGUAACAGAUCACAACCCCCUUCAGUGACUUUUUACACAGAAGUAGGACUGUUCAUUUCUUUCUGUUCUUUCAUGUGUGUGUUUUUAUCUCCUGCAGGUUACCAGCAAGCUAAGACUGUGGAGCUGCAGCAGAGGUCCUCAUCAGUGGCCACCCAGCAGACCACCGUCUCCUCCAUCCCCUCACACCCCUCUACCACUGGAGUAAGUAACCCACAUGCUGGUUGAACAUGAACACAGCGAGCUUAGCGCCUCUAACCGACCUAUUUCUCUCUCUCUGUGCAGAAAACUGUGCGUGCCAUGUACGACUACAUGGCGGCCGACAACGACGAGGUUUCCUUCAAAGAUGGUGACGUCAUUGUUAACGUGCAGUCCAUCGACGAGGGCUGGAUGUACGGCACUGUGCAGCGCACCGGCAAGACCGGCAUGCUGCCAGCCAACUACGUUGAAGCAGUUUAAAGAGAAAAACCCGCCCAUCGUCCCUCCAGAGUGGGCGAGACGCAUCCACAGGGCAAACCAACGGAUCUCCUGUGAUCACUAAUGUGGCUUAGUGCAAUGUGUAGCUCUGUACGUGUAUUUGAUUGUGUUGUUUUUCUUGUUUGGUCUGUUCUCAUUCAUAUGCUGCUGCUCAUGUUGCCUGUGGAUGUGACAUAUGCAUCAUGACGUGACACAUAUAAAUACUUCUGACUCUGCAUACUACUAAAGACAGACUAUUUAUAUGGUUUGAAGACGCUACUUGAGGAUAAGCAAGACUCACUUGUGUACGUCCUGGCCCAUUCUUGUGUAAAUUAAAACGUUCUUCCAUAUAUAUAAUAUAAAUAUAAACAUUGGUUGUCUGAAGUCUGGAAAAGAAUAAUCAACUCAAAUAGUUCUAGCUUAAAUUUCGCCUUAAAUGGAAUCUACAGGGAGACAGAAAGAUGAUGAAACGUAAAAGGAGUUAGUCACCACCUACCUCCUCCACGAUGAAGCCGCUCCUGAAGAGUUGAACCACACAAGCCUCAGUCUUCCCUCCUUGAUACCGAAGGCUUGUGACUAAUAUAAUAUUAAGUGUGUUUUUUGUGUCUUCCGAUUAUGUAGGUCCUGGAAUAAAACACAUCCUCUACCUUUAAUCAGUAGCUAAUAAAGCACACCAAGCUCCUGCA